AUGAGUGGUACAGUCCGACAGAUCUCUGUGACUACUGAUCCAGACACCCCCUUUUUCCUGCGAGUGGACUGGGCCGGGGACCUGGGUGCUGGUUUCACAUUGGCUCUGACUGAUGGCAGCUCAGCAUGGAUCGGAGAGGGUAAAAUUUCCAAAAUUGUACAAGAACAUGUUGAUAUGUGGAGACUUGGAGAGUGAGGAUAUAUCAGUGAUAAAUAGUUUACAUGAAAAUAUUGAUUAUUCCUUUUCUUAGAGCGUACAGAGAAAUGCUGAUGACAGACGGCCUGUGAUGAGUUCAAAAACUGAUCCUGCUGAUCGGACUAAAUAAAAAAAACUUUUUCUUUAUCGCAAAAGUUUUUAUUUAGGAGUUGCUUCUUUAAACUUGGCUAGUGUUGUAAAAAAAAAAAAAAUUAGAAUCAAAACUCUUUGAAUUUAUUUUAGUGUCACACGGUUAAUGAUAUUUGAAAGUGACUAAUUUCUUUGUCAUUUUAGUGGAAAUCUAAAUACCAACCAACUAGUCUUCAUUCAAGAAAACACUCAGAAAACAGUGAAAAUUGAGCGCAUUUUCUGUAUCAUGUCUAAAAACAAGGCUGUCAUGUUUGAUCGGUUAUAUGGCAGUUCAACCAGACACAGCUUACACACAAUUUAAAGGGAUAUUCUGGCGUAAUAUUAAUUUAGGGUCAAACACAGCGUAACACCGAGUUAGACACCCCCUCGAGAAAUGAAUGUUGCCGACCGCUUGCUUCUCUUGUUAUAUCAACUUUUAUACCAAGAAUAUUUAUGAUCAUUUCUUAAUGGAAAUUCAAUCAGACCGAGACGCUAAGGCAGAAGAACUACCGCGUCUGCAGUGCAAAAUGAUUAAUAUGAUGAUUAUUACUUCAAGGAAAUUAUCAAGUAAUGAUCAUAAAUGUUCCUCCUUGAGCUGCGUCACCCCGCAGCAGCCCGUAAUAGACUGGCCUGAGGUCUCGCUACAAACAAGCGCCUGCUGGAAGAGAGUAGGUGAGUUGUAUUUAGUCUCUUUGCUAAAGAAAUCAGAGAAAGUUAAAAAGAUGUUUGGUGGCUAGUGCUGUGGCUGGGACCCUUUAUGUACUGAUGAUGAAGUUAGGUGCUGUUCUGAGCAUUAUUUGUGGUUAUAAAGUGGUGUUUUGGUUGAGGUUUGUUUAUGGCUCUUCAGACCGCUGUGUAUUGCUAUUGUGCGGUCGUUACUAAAGUUGGUAUAACUAGAGAAGAAGGCAGUCAGCAACAUUCAUCUCUCGAGGGGGUGUCUAACUCAGUGUUACGAUGUGUUUGACCCUAAAUUAAGUUUACGCCAGAAUAUCCCUUUAAUCUCCAUUUUCCAGGUCCAAAUACUGCCAGACACAGUUCUACAGGAUCCUGGUUGUCAUCUGUGCUUGCAUACAUGCAGAUUGUAUCUUUCGUAUCGUGUCGUGAAAGUAUUAACAGGAGCUGCAGCUCGGUCAGUGGUUGUGCUGAGACCCAAUAUAUAACCAGAAUUUCAGUCUUACAGUUAUGACGCAGUAAUGUUAAUAACUUGAUGAACUGACUUAAUUCUGGGGAAGACUAACGAGGGUGUUGACGUUCAGAUCUUAAGUUGACUAAACACUCUUAUCUUGAGUCACAGUAUGUUGCAACAUUCUUGUAACCUUGUGCGUCAUGUGCUGUAAUUUCAGGCCAGAUUUUUCAAAAUUAAACACAGAUUUUUAUUAACUUUUGAAGACCUACAUCUUUUAUUCAUUGAUGGGACUGGAUGGUCACCUGGCCUGCUAUUAGAUCGUUCAGACCCUGUAGGCACCUGGCUAAAACCCUCCUCAUCAUAUUGUAACUGUUGGUCCUUUAACCAGAGGGACAGCAGUGACCUUGUUUCAUUGUCGCUCUUCGCUCCUGUGCUGCAGCUUACAGGUGUAUAAAGUUGAUUAAACUACAAGGCUUGUCUUUGUGUGCACUUUCAGUGUGUAGUAUGUGUAUGUGUGUCUGUGGGUACAUAUGCACAUGAGCACAUUUCCCUGGAAGGACACCUGGAACAUAACAGCUCCUUAGUUUUCUAUUGCUGUCCAUCUGCGCAGUUGACAGGCAGAGAUGGGGCUGUGACAGCUAUGUGCAGCCUUCUGGGUCGUCAGUGUUUCUGUGUUUGAUGUGUUAAUUGGGACCCUCAACCAGUGUUAGCAGCUGUGCAACAGCUGAUGACAUUCCCCCUUGGUUUCUCUGCAUGCUUCCUUUCAAAUCAGCUGUCACGUGCUUCCAGGAAUUACCACAUAAUUAAUGUUUUUAAGUUUGUCUUUGCAGCCUGCUAUCACCUUUUUAGCUUCUCUCAGGUUUCACUCAACUGUGCAACUUCAAAUUUGUUCAAAAAUGCCUUCUUUGUGAUCAGUUUCAGAGGACGAAGUGACGAGGGAAGCGAACGAUUUGGAAGUCACGAGAGAAAAAUAUGUGGAGGAUCUUCUUCGGGCGCUAGCAGGAGGAAAUGAAGGAGGCCGAGAAGAAGGACGGCGAAGGGGUGACAAGGAAGCUUAUUCUUUCUGCCUCACUCCAGAUCAUGCUCGUCUCUCAUACCUGAAGAUCUGUAAUGAUAUUUCGGUGAGCAAAGGCUGGAUGUGGAUUAGAUUUCACUUUUAUAUUUCAGUUAUGGUCCAGGAAACAAAAUCGACAUGUUUAUAGUUUAAAAGUAGUCAAAUUGACAUGACUUUUGCCAACAAGUUGAACAAUCUUUGACUGAAACAUGGCAGCUAUAUGUGCUAAAACUCUGGCGUUGUUGCUCAGCGUCACAUUGUAUAAAAAGUCACCAACCUGCCAAAUCAAAUUCUUGACUGAAUUAGUCAACAAACACGUCAAAGAGUCAUUCAAAGAUUUGUUUUGAGAAGUUGUCAAUCAUCCUUAAAUGCAACAUCACCUUGCUCUUCCCUCAGGUCCCUCUCCCCUGAGGAUAAACACAUCUUGACAACAUACAGACAAAUAAAAAGGAAGUCUUAUUUUUUACAGGGGGGCUGUUGAAAAGAUAAGGUUUAUAGUCUCCCACAUUAUAGCAGAAUUAGAAAGACUCUGUUGCCUUCAGGCGUCUUUGGAAUAAAACCAGAUAAGAAUCAUUUGUUACCUGUCGUCCAGGAACUGCAGUCGUGAAGUGGCUUCAGCUCGUAAACAUGUUCUUUAAAAGUGAGUGAGAGAUUGCUCCUGACUAAUGCAAACACUCACAUUCACUUAUAAAUUAAACUGCUCUGAUUUAACACUCACAGACCAAAUAAUGAAAUAUCCCAGAUGCAGGUAUCAAACACUUUAUCCUGGGGUAUUCUUACCAAAGCUGACAGGGCUGAUGGAGUACAGGUCACAGUGUUUUCAAAGGAUUAUGGUGUUAGUCUUCUAAACUAAUAGAGGAUGCUGUUGCCUCCAGGGAGCAGGUCACUCGGGGUCCUGGGACUGCUGUGCAGGUAGAGGAGACCAGAGGGUUAGGAACACUUUGGUGACUAUAAAAGUAGAUUUAUGGACGGGGCUGUCCUCAUAUAACAAUGUUGAACAACAGCUGAUUGAGGCCUUUUUGUCUCUUUUCAAACUUAGACACCUCCUGGUUUUCUUUUGUCUCUGUGAGUGCAUGUCGGGUACAUAAAUGAGCCUCAGUGUGUGUCAGUGUCCGGACGUGUUGAGACAGACCUGUUAUCAGUACUUGUUUAACGACUAUUUGUUUUGACUGAAUGUGACUUUGACUUCAAUCACUUAUUUAAGUUGUGUAAUAAGAGAAAGAAGAUAGAAUUCAAAUAACAUAGAGGUAGGGCAACAUAUAGAGAACUUUGCUAAACCCCGGUCUGUAUGCAUGUGGUCAUCCAGGAAUAAACGAGAAGAUAAACAAACAUGGAAUCAAGAGCCAUUGUUUGACUGAUGUAAAAGACCAUCGUUUUCUUCUGUUCAAGGGUAGGCGCUGGAAAAGUCGUAGCCUAAGGGAGCAACAAGCCCACACAUAAUGACUGACAGUGGUCUUGUAUAUCCAGGCCCCAGAGUGCUUUUUAAAAACUCUAUCCAUGCUCACACUGUUGCUGGCAGUAUUCAUCAGGGUUCGACUAUGUGUGUGGUAGAAACGAGGGAUCCUAAGGGACUAUUUUCAUGAAGUGCAAACUUCCACUCUUGUCUAACACCUGCUUCUUUUCUUUUUUCAUUUCUUUUUCUCUUUUUUUUCGCUCUCCCUUCUUCAGCUCUUUUUUUUUUGUUCCAACACAUCACAGAGGUUGAGAAGUGGAACAUAUUUUCUCUGCGGGAUAAUUUGAGGGUUCAGAAAUGACCAAAAAUGAGGCAGGUUUCCUUUAGGAGCAGAAGAAAGGAGGCUGGGGACAAAACAGGUGUUGAACUUAACCUGACAUUAAUAUUUUAUGAAUAUGACCCCUGAAGUUGUAAUGAUGGAUGUAAUUUGGAUGUUUGUAGUUAAACUGCUACUAAGCAGGUGUCUUACCUGGCAUAGUCAGACAUUAUCUCCUCCUUAAUGUCAGUUUAAGCACCAAUCUGUCAUCGGCAGAAAAAAAAUUAUAUCAGUACAGACGGGCAGGUGACAACAGUUGAUUUUCUUGACCUUUGAGCAUUUUGCAUGAUGGCAACACAUUUACUUCAUUAGUUUUUCAGUAUUCAGGUUAACCAGGUGUAUAUAUGUCUCAAUUUUUUGGAAACUUAUGCUGAAAAUACCAAAGUUUGACCAAAAUAUGGAUAAUGCAAUAAGGAAGUUGGGUUUGGUUAUUUUAGCGAUUUCAAGCUGUUAGCCACUGCAGUGCCAGGUCCCAUCAAAUUAAAUUUCCCCUGCACAUUAUUUUGAAAGAGCAGGAUCACACAACUCUGCGCACAGAGCCUGCCAAUGUGUUUAUAAUCAGUUGAAAGAAAUACUAACAACCCAGUGUUUUUUUGCCCUCGAGUCCACUUGUGAUGGGUUUAGCUAGACAGUUAUCCAGCACUGGUUCAGGGAUAAAACAAAGUGUAAUAAUGACCGGUCUGGCAAGGUUGGACUAGGCUUUUGAGAAUUUUAUACCAAUCUUUCUCUGAGCUGCACUCACAGCUUAGUUCUUCUUCAAUAGACCAGAGAGAUUAGGAGGACACUGAUUCCUGACAGUUGUGGUAAAAGAAACCGCAGGAUUCUGGCUGAGGCUUGGUGGAUAAAUGUGACACUGAUUGUUUCCAUGUUUUCUGUUGCCAAAAUGAAAUAGUGUUAUUGGUCACCGGGGGUUUCAGCUGCACAGUGUGACGCCAGCCACAAAUUUUACUGGAGUAGUCUAUGUUUUCUUUUUUAGAUUAAAUCAUCCCAAAUUUCGAGGCGUGAUAUUGUACAAUAUCUUCAAACAAUAAUGACACAGGAUAGUUUAAAGUGCAGGGAUUAGGAAUAAUAUGAAUUUGGAAAUAUAAAACAGCAUUUUAACAAAUUGGGAUAUUGCAAUAGAAAACGUUUUACAACAGAAAUGCUGUAAAGUGCUGUAAAAUUAAAGUUGCUGGCCAAACAUGCAGUGAAAUAUGGUAAACAAACUAUUUGGUCAUAGUUUUGGCACCGUGGGCAGGUGUCGCGAGAAAAAUUAAUCAGUAUCGCCAUUGAGCUGAUCAGACGCUGGAAGCAGGAAAAGCUCUCAAUGAGUUCACUUUGGACCUGAUAAUAUAUAGUGGGCUAACACCAGCAGAAAACGUAGCACCUUAAAUCUUUACAGUCCAGGGAAAACUCCACUUUAAGUUAAGGCUGGGCGAUAAACCGAAAAUUUUCCUAUACCGAAAUUUAUGACAAUAACCAACAUCAUUUUGCCCAUGUCAAUAUAUUCAGUGUCAAAAAACAAAUAAAUAAAAGUUGUGGUUUGGAUGUGUGUAGGUAGGGUAUGGUUUCAUGUCCCUUUAAGAUGCUGUCCUAUGUUGGAGACGUGACUCCACCCCAUCUGGUCCGUAACAAAGAUGGAAAGACAGGUGAGGAGAUGGAGUACAGUACAAAAGUUGUAGCGACUGAAGCGGCAACUGAAGUAGAUAAAGUUAAUGUGGAAGGGAAUGAGCAGCUGGAGUAGUUAUCGUCCAUUUAUCGCUAUCGAGGUGAACUGCUCAGUAUAUCGUGAUGUUGAUUUGAGGCCAUAUCGCCCAGCCCUACUUUAAGUACCUUUGACUCCCUACCCGAGCUCCAGACUGUUGGACCUUGAUAACCCGUUGACAUGUACUAUCGUCCAACCAGAGGACUUCUGAUCCCUGAACAACUCUUUAGCUCUUUUCUUCUUAACUCCAUAAUUGUGACUGUGUGCACUGAACUCAACUGAGAGGUACACGAUAAUCACUCAGUUUGAAUAGUGAUUAAGUCAUUCUCUAAAUGAUAUAUCUCACUUUUUUAACUGUGGGCCAUUAUUCUUAAAAUUAUCAAAGAAAAACAAAGUUUACCUGAGCAGAGCCUAAAAUAUAUUUAAUGUUGUUGAAAUACUAUAUGAAAUGUUGUCACUGUAGAUAAUGUCAAACUAUGUCGUGGUAUUCUGAGUUUUUGAGAUGCACCUGUUGAUUAACCAAAAGCAGUCUGAACAAAAUGCAUUUAAUGGGAUUUCAGGACAAAAAAAAACUCUGCUGUCAUUCAAACUUCAAAAGCAAAACUGCAGAAGUUGUUUAUAUGCUUCUCUGACUCGGCUAAUAUAGUACAGUUGUUCUGCUGUUAGUGUCUGGAAAUUUGUUGCACAAGUGGCUGCCAGAUUUUCUCAUCCGGACCACAUGAAAGAGUCGAAUACACCAACACAUUUCUCCUGCUGUCAUCACCUUAAGCUCCACAGGGUUGUUUCUUACUGAGCCCAAGUUUACUUUUCUGAUGUUUGCGGGAUCAGAGUGAGUUUUCUUCAGUUUUUCCUCUUUGAAAGGAUUAAUUUUGUCAUAAAGCAGAGUGAAAUCAAGUGUUUAACUACAGGUCCUCAUCUGCUCUUAAGUUGGAUCAGGGUCUGUGUUUGCAGGAACAUCGAUGUUAUCAUUGAGACUUUCUGCAGUUGCCUCUGACUUCCUGUUCUUUAUCUGGACUCACGCCUCUGCACGGCUGAUGCCACAAGCUGAUCCCUGUACAGUGCCCACACUUCCCAUACUGAGGGACCUUGCCUACUCUUGAACACUGAUUCUUUGUCAUCAUGCACUCACUGCUCACCCACUCGUUUCCCUGUCCCCUCUGGACAGAAUAAUCAUCAGGAUGAGAAAGAGAAAGGACCGACCUGCUCACUGUUUUCCUAUCGUUGUUAUUAUAAAUUCAGUAUCGGUGAUAUAACCAUCGUGAAAAGUUGAUUUUUGUUGCUCAGAGGACAUAGAUAAAGGAUCUUUCCGUCUUUUAGGUGGUCUUUCCUUCCUUUUCGUCCUCUAAUGUAAUUUAAUCUGCCUUGAUCUUUUAAUUGUCUCAACGAAGUUAAUCCUGUCGGAUGAAAAUCAUUAACUGGUGUUUGAAGCUAAAACAAGCUUUAAACAAUUUGCUCAUUUUGCUUUUUUUUUUUUUUUUUUUUGGACCAAACACACUGCAGAAAAAUGUGGAAGUGGGUCAGGCACCACAGACAAACAGUCUGACCUCCCACACCAUGGCGAAGGCUGGCAACAGUUUGGAGGCUGACCUUUCACUUUAUCUCUGAGUCUCAGGAGGAAACAGAAGCUCAAGAAAAUGAAGCUUUUUCUGCUAUUACCAUGAGAAAAUGAUCGACUGAGGUGAAAUUUCUGUCACUUACAAACGACAAAGUCACUUCCUGUCAAAUCAGUGGCCGUAAAAACGCUGUUUGACCAAGUUCAUAGAUUUAUAUCUUGUGUAGUGCAUCCUUCCUCUUUCCACGCUGCACACAGCAAAGUAAAUGUAAACUUUGGUGAGUUGGAAUUUAUAUGUUUACAGCAGAAAGUCUUCUGAGAAUCUGUGAAAGUAAAGACAGAGAAACAUGCCAUCUUUUGAUGCCUGAAGUAGAAGCAGAAGAAAGUGUCAUUUCCCAACAUCGAUCCAGUAGAUAAUGGUUUUUCUUUCAGCAGUUUAGAUCACACGGGUGUUUUAAACAGGUAAUGACAUGUUAACAAGCUGCUCAGGAUGAUUCAUGGCGUUAAACGGUGUCAGCAGGUUGAGUUUGCAUAAAAAAAUUACAGCCAUUAUAACAGAUCAGGGCUGGUAAAGUAAAUGUAGGACAUUUCAUUCUUCAAAGUGUGCAAAUAUUAGUGUAGUCAGCAUGUCAGAGUCCUUAGCCUUCACAUUAUCCUUUCUCACGUGGCUGAUUUACUGCUGACUGACUUACCUGUGGAAGAACAGGAGAGAUUUAGGCAUUUAGGAGGAGUUCAAAGCUUUCACAGUUGACAUAAAACCAUUGUGCAGCUCUGCAUGUGUGUAUUCAAGUAGAAAUGUGCACUUUAUGGUUUGUCCCUAAAGUUGUCACGAUGAGUAAGCCAAACAUCUUCCACUCUAGUCCCACUGAUCUUCCCAUUCAUGGUAGACUGUCUUGCCCAAACGUUAAAUUACAGCUCUGCCAACUUGUCAAAGACUCAUGUGGUCCACUGUCCCUUUAAAUCCACAAGACGGGUCUGUAGUGGAUCACUUAGACAUCCUAAUGUUUCUUGGACUUUUAUGAGUUCUCAGGAAACUUAUCCUCUUUGGAUCCCGGGUGGUCUUCUCUGCAUCUUGAUCCUGUGAAGUGGACUUUUGUUUAAUCGUCGAUUUCCGUGCUGUGAACAGAGUGGGUGUUAUUUUCGCUGACACUGAAAAGAUUUUUUACAAAUUUUUCUUUUUUAAUUAAGUCGGAAUCCUAAAGAAGAGUAUCUACAGAUUCAAAAAUCAGUGCUAACAAAAUUCGGAGUGAGAGAAAGAGAAUACCGAAGCAGAGAGGAUUGAUGGAAACAGACAGGCAGGCUGUGGGAGUGAUGUGAAGCGAAUGUCCACUCACUGAAACAUGUUCAGGUUCACCGGUGGAAGAAACAGCUGUGUGGCCUGCCGGGACAGCAUCAGCCUUGGACAAAUAUGACAAGCAUUUUAUGAGAGCUUUUGAAGAUGGCUGCUUUAUUACAGUGGGUCUGCGACCUCGGAGAAGCUCAGUGAAGAUUUAGCACCACAUCACCUUCUGGUUUCCCAGCGCGUCAGAGCAGCACCUGUGUGUUUGUGUGUCUGUGUGUGAGUGUGUGUGAAUGCCUGUGCCUGCGCCGGAGAGUCUCCAAGGCAACAGGCAAACAAAGAUUGUCCUGUUUUUGGAAAAAAUGUUUGUCGUGGCAGCUUUGAUAAGCAAACACAUCCUCCAGGUUGAAAGGUGUUGCUAUGUCUUGUAGUGUUUUGGAUGUCUCUGUUGUUUGCUGUAGAUGCUGAAGUGUUUUCCCCACUUACAAACGGAAAACUCUGGGGAGAAUAAGAAAAAAUUCACACAUCAAUUAAAUGUGGAGAAAGACAUCUUCUAUUUUGUGUUUUCCGCUGCCUUCUUCAGCGUUUGCUCAGUGACUUCAUGCCAAACUACAAACCAAAUGAGGAAUGUUAAAUCACACCUGAAGCCUGCCUGUGAUUCCAAAAAGUCACAGUCAAGCACCAGAAGGGAAACUGUGUGCUCACCUGCAUAGUUUACCGAUGACCAAUGAAUUUAUCCCGCACAGAAAGAGCUUCCCUCUUCAAAGAAAAUGUGAUGUAAUAAAGUUGCACCUCGUUAUUGCGGAGCUUUAGAGAUGAGGAGAAGGUGUAAAUUCUUACCCUGAUAUACUACUUUGGUUUGAGUUUGAGUUUGACCCUGUACGUCCUUUUUCUGAAUCUUCACUCAUGUCUGUUUUCCUGUGAGAUCUUAAGGUACUCAUGGGGCAGCUGGGAAGUGUAGUCUUAAAUCUGUCUUGUUGUUUCCACCCGGUAUGUAAUGCUUAAAGAGGCCACGCUGAACAUGUGUCGUGAAUCAAGAGGGACCUGUAAGUGCAAGAGGGAGAAUGGUAGAGGAUGGUGGUCAUCCUACUUCACUUAGGAAAAUGCAGAACUGUAUUUACACAUGUAUCGCACAUUAUUUCAUGUGAUUCUGUAGCUAGAGACGGUCAUCCAGUGUGAAUGAAAGAUGGAGCAACUUCCCUUGUACACAAAGUGCAGUCAAUUUCAUCUCUGAAUAUACUAAAUUCUUCUCUUCAUUCCUUUCCUCCCCUCCUUUCUUCAGGUGCACUUGGGUUCUGUCGAGCUCCAGCCAGCUCCAGACCCUUUGCAGCUGAACCGGGAGAUGAUUGGCCAGUCCCUAAAGCACAGCAUGAAGCUAGAGUUGGAAAACGGCCAGCUGCUGGAGGAGAACCGACGACUGAAACGGGAGCACCAGAGGAUUCUUCGAGAGUAAGAAUGAGGGGAGGACACCCGCCCUGUGUUUUGUUCAGAUGGAUUAGAUGUUUAGGAAAAAUCCUGCGGUGAGGAGCAAAUGUCAAAUUCAGACGGAAAAUACCCCUACAGAUCCAAAUCAUUUCCUCAAGAUGUUCAGCGCUUAUUUUUGUUUGUUGAUCAUCUUGUUUGCAUGCAAACUCUCUUUGCGUUUAAGUUAUUUUGCCAGCUGUUUAUAUGCGCAGCAGUCACCCAGUAUGACAUCACCACUGGUUCGAGAGUUUGGAGGGUUCCACCCAGUGUUGCAAAGGAGGCUUACAAUUUCUUGGAACUCACGUCAGAUGCUCUGCUUGUAUGUCUUUUCAUUUUAUACAUCCCUGAUGCUUGACCUCUUGACCAUCGUUCAUUCGUGUCGAACAAACGGUGUUUGGCAAAGGAUGGAGGAGGAGGGGUGAAAGCAUUAACAUUCAUUCUUGCAGAGAGGGGAAAACAAACACGAGCGUUGCAUUUGAAUGUUUUUAACAUCUUCUCUGUAUGUGUAUGUUUGUGUAAAAGUGGAUCUAUAAGUGAAGAUGUGCAGGUGGUAGUCUGUUGGCUCUUAUAGAUGCUUAUGCACCUACUGUUGUGUUUCGUCUUUCAGACUGGAGAAGCAGGUUCAAGAUAAGGAGGUCAUGGAAAGGAAAUUGUACUCGCGGUUUGUGAUGCUGCUGAAUGAGAAGAAGGCGAAGAUCAGAGGCCUGCAGGGCACCCUCCGGGACCUCCAGAGAGAGCAGGAGGGGAGACAGAGGUCAGCUGACUGAUCUGAUUGGUUCUCUUGAACUCUGUGGUUCUCUUGCAUGAUUGGCUAGCUUUGCAUCGUAGCUUUAUGAUGGCAACAUGUAUGUGUGGUCAUUAUCAAAGGCGAGCUAUGGCUACUCACUGUAACUAGAAUAUAUACUGCAUUUUUCGCACUAUAAGGCGCUCCAUUAAUGAAUGCAUCUAUUCGCGUCUAUUUUCAUACAUUAAGGUGCACCGGAUUAUAAAGUGCAUUAAGCCAAACAAAACAGUCAGAUAAGUCAAACUUUAUUUAACUCAUUCAAUAACUCCGCGAGGCCACGGUAGCUGCAGUGCUCCGACAAGCCAAAAGGAUUUGAAGUGCGCCUUAUAGUGUGAAAAAUAGGGUAUAUAUAUUUAUUUAACAUGCUGUCUCACACAAAUACGCUGAUUUUCUGUAAAAAAUGCUUCAUCCCUUCAGUGACGAUGAAGCUGCUCCUGAUGAAGAUGGCAGUCAGAGUAGAGCAGCAGAAUCAGUCCAGAGUUUCCAUCCAUCUCAGGAGGCGACUAUCCUUAUCACAGGUGUGUGUGUUUGUCUUGACCAGUAUUUUUUUGAACAUGUUAAUAUAAACCACUAACAAACCCAUCGCAAAUACAUAGAAAAUUUAAUUAAAACAACAAUUCAGAUAUGCCAAAAUGAAAAAUUAAAGGUCUUCAUCCUGUCUGGAUGAUGUGUUGCAACAGUAAUAUCGCUUAUAAAAACCAGAUUGAAACAUCCCUAAUUUCACCGAAUAAAAAACAAAGGAUUUUCUCCAGAGGGAAGGCAGGACCCGAGAACGAGCUUCAGAAGAUAAUGAGAAUUGGCAUCUAGCUUUGUGUUUCUUAACCAAACAAAUGUGCGCGAGUUUGAUACUAGAAUGAGCUUUGACUUCAUUCUGGUAUUCCUGUGCAUUGAAUGAAACACACAAAUAUACACACAGACGCCAUAUGUUAGAGGGAUCAGGGUGUGAAUGUAUUGAAUUUGGCUGAUUUUCCCUGUUCCUGGUACUAAUGGUGACUUCAUAGGUCAAGAUGUGACUCAGUCCUGAUGCUCUCUCUUAAGUGUAACUCUUGAGUUUUAGCUUUCCUUGAACUGAUUUUACUGUCUAAUAAACCUGACAGUUGAAUGUAAUUGAUUAUGUAAGCAGGGGGUUUUAACAUCAACUUGAAAAGCACACACAAGCCGAGUGUAUACCCUGGGGUAGGCAGGUUCUGGGAAACACUCGUCAGUGAGUCAUAAACCCACCCAGAGAAGAGAAGUCUGCUGUGAUUGCUUCAGCGUUGCGGACCAUGAGGUGGUCUUCCCCUUCCUGUGAUAUGCAGAGCAGGCGUGAUGUCACAUCUGCUGAGUAAUACCCCUCCUGUACGACAGCGGUGCGAUCUACUGGGAUGACCUGCUAAUCGCUCGCUCAAUGGUCCUGUUUGUGUUACGGCCAAGCAAGAGCUCCCCCGGAUAGCACAAUACAGUUGCAGAACUCGCUGAUGUUGCAGUGCCGUCAUCAGGCUCUCUGGUUUGGCUCUUGAUAUCUGCACUUUCUCUUACUCACACACACACACACGCGUGCACACACACACCCUGCCUUUUACACACCCAUCCUGGCCCCAGUGAAGAUGGAUGGAAGUUGUAGAUUGCUCCGUAUGAGUCUUGGCUCACUCUUUGCUGUUUGCAGCCCAGAAGGGUUUUACAAUACUUUAUUGUGUUUUGAACUUGUCAGUGAAAGUCACCUGGCACAUUUCUCUUUAUCUUUUAGCCUUGAUGAAUUUUCCCCAUGUGUCCUCCAUAUUCUCAGCUUUCUAACAUUAUGGGUGUGUUUGCUCUUACUGUUGUAUUAAACCCUCUGAGCCAGCUCCAAAAUGAAGACGUCCCUGGUGUUUCUCUUCUGGUCAUAAUCUCCAAAACAAACCUGAUGUCGACGGCUGUUAUUGUAACCUGAUGGCUUUUUAAUGAAUUGUGACUCUUUCUUAUUUACUGUAUUUUGUGCAGCUUUAGUUUGGUAACCAGAGCGACUUUUUAAUACGAGAAAAACAUGAAACAUACAGAAAAUCUUCGUGUUUGGACAUUCAGUAAGCUUACACAGGAUGAAUUCAAGUAAACGCCAGUGAGUUUUAGACAUUACUGACAUUUACUGUAUUCAAUUUUACUCCACACCCAUUUGGCUUUUGCAAAUUUUGACCUGCUCUGUAAACUGUGUGCACACACCAAAUCAGAUUUAAUUUGCAUAUAGAAAUCAACCCAGUCUCCCCUGACAAAGUGGGUUAUACAAUCCCUGUUUGACAUGCUUGGCCCUAGUUGACCCUCAUGCCUAGGGGUGUUUUUAUAUCGAGGAGGCCUGAUAAGAGAGAGUAAUGACAGAGGAGACUAAAGACAAAAGAAGAGGCUCUCUUCUCUUUUUUUACCCUGUUCCCUCCAGGUUUUCCUCCUCCUUGUAAGAAAAGGCGCAUAUCAGUCACUGAGAGGUGCCAAGAUGAGAGAUUGAGAUGGAAGAGAAGCGGCAGGCGGGAAAAUGUUAUUGAUGAUCAAAAGAAAAAUGACAGAAACUUCCUUCUUAAUUACCAAAUAGAUGAUGAUACCAGGCUCAGUGUUAUCUCCUGCCUUAGAAAUGUUAUCUCCUUAUCAAACAGCUCAUCAGGUAUUUAUUGCAUCUAACACAUCUGCUCAAUCUGUAGAUCUUGCGAAUUCAAAGAGGCUAGCAGCUGUGUUAAAGGGCAAACAGGUGUGUGAGUGUACCUGUCCGUGUAUAAACGAUUGCAUCCAAGGGGAAAGGGUCCUGUGUGGAAUGCAAGAUCUCCAUCCCCGAUAAAAGCUCGCAGGACUCUUGGUGUGGAAGUGUUGGGGGGUCAGUAAAGGUUAUCUCAGGCAGUAUGUUCUGAAACCGACACGUGCUGCACAAGAAGACUGAGAUAAAGAACUGGGUCCUCUUUUAUGAAACCAGCAAAACAACCCAGAACAUUUAGAAACAGACUCAACAUCACGGUUGUUAAACGCUGAGGGGUGUUUCGAGGCAUUUCGAGGUCAGUGUUCAGAAAUGUAACCAGCAUCUGGUUUCUUUGAUUUACAGUAGAGCAUUUAUUUUAAAAUGUUCGUGUUGUAUUCAGAGUAGGCCUGGGAGAUUCGGCAAAAAAAAUGCUCAUGAUAUAUUUUGUCAUAUCGUCCGAUCCCGAUAAUUAUCGCGAUUUUCUUUAAACUGCUAGUUUUAAAGCAUUAUUUGCUCAACGUCACUUUGGAGAUCCCCGAACCACCGCCACACACAACGUUGAAUGACUUCUCAACAAUAACAUCUUCGGAAGAUGACUCAAAGUCCAUGCUUGGUCAUUCUGUGGUCAUUCUGUUUACUUCUCCAGCAACUUACAGAAGUGAGCAGGAAAAGCUCGACUCCGAUUGGCUGUUGUCACGCACAUUUCCACUAUGUUUGAUCUAGUAAAUAUGCUCACAGCUGAUCACCGUGAUCGAACUGAAAUUUAUCACGAUCAUCGAUCACGAUCACAUAAUCGCCCAGUCCUAAUUCAGAGUAGGGUGACCAUACAUCCUCUUUUACCCAGACAUGUCCUCUUUUUUGGGGGAUGUCCGGGCUGUCUGGUCUUGUCCGGCUUUGUCAGGAAAGGCUAAACAAUCCUUCAAAUGUCUGGGUUGUUGUAUGGAAGUUUUGAGUUUGUGUCGCGUGGACUGACUGAGUUAGAGGCGCGUAAAAGACACUCGAUCCGACCCAAAAAAUGCUCAAAAUUAACUUUGUGCGACUCUGUGACUCCGCCCCCGCGUAGUCGUGUCCUCUUUUUGGGAAUACAGAACAUGGUCACCCUAUUUCAGAAUGUCAAAGGAGGGUUUUAUCAACAGCUCUAUGUUUGUGUUUACCUCUCACUGUUUUGCACACAGGUCGUAACCUGGUGGGCCAAGGCAUCUCUUUUGAUUGCACUUUUUCUGAUGAUGAUGAUGAAGACGACGACCAGCCUAGACGGAAGCAGAGAAUUGUUCACAUGCCGAGCCCGCCGGAGUCCUCCAUACCCCAGUAACAUUACAGGUUAGUCACAUAACCAAGGAGACCCACACAUCACCAUAUUUGGUAAAAACCUUGCUCUUGCUCACGGUUUCCUCUAAAUUACUUUAAUUUUUCGGUCUGUGAAGCUGUUUUGUGCAGCCCGUCUCAGCUCGUUGAUUUAGUUAAACAAAACAAGAUAUUUCAGUUCUCUAGAAAGUAGGAAUUAAAACAGUGUUAACAUUUUUGACCAGGGGCUCCAGACUUCAGUUGAGUAAGAAGUUGCCCCAUGAAGCUGUGAACCAAAGUUUAACAACGUGCAAGCUAAUCAUUUCAAGAGUUUUAUGACCUUGUAAAACAUUUUCCUCUCAACUUUCAUUCAGUAAUUUUGUGCAUCCAGACGAACUACCACAGAAACAGAUGUAGGGUUCCCUUGAUAAAUGUGAAUGCCCCCAUCAGACGGUUGAAUCACCAAUUUUUUUGUCAUAAUCAGGCACAGAAAAAACUCCAAACAUGCAAACUCCAUUAAACAUUCAACUCCACAUGCUUCUGCGUGGUUAUUUCUCCUCGUCUCACAACCUAGAAGACAAGAGAGUCUCCGCUUCUGUCAGGGUUUGGCUCUGCAUAGGUGUCUCCUCAACAUCUGGCUUAAAGACACACAAUGCGGUGACGCCUGUUCACAUUUAACAGCUGCAUGAUUUCUCGUGACUCACUGAAAUGGGCUCAGACUAAAACUGCAUCUUGUUUUACUUCAUGUGAUAGUUGAGUUCAGAAAAUAAGCUACCAAUUUUUCUUUUUUUUUCUGUUUUUAAAACAACCCUGAAGACUAACACCAGUUGCCUUGCGUCGGUAAUAUCAGCCUUCAGUUAUCAUCACAUUUCCAGUCUCAUUUGAUCACCUCUCCUACAUUUGUUGUAGUGACACUUCCUUUAAGUCUUAAAACAUCAUAACAUCCUCCCACAGCUUACAUCUGGGUGUUGGCUGUCAAAUAAACAAGAAAUUACUGCAGUGUGGUGUUUCUCUGUUCGACUAAGCAGCGUCUGAACUCACUUUGAGUUCCAGACAGUUUGUUUGCACCAUUUUACCUGAUUUUCAUGCAUUCAUAAGUUUGCUUUCUCUUUAAUAUAACUCAGCCUUGUUUCACACCUAUAAAUAGUAUAUGCAUGCAAACUGUAAAAUAUUACAUCCUCUAUGUUUCUGGUUUCACUGCAUUUCUCCAUCCAGUCUGUUUACUUCUUCCUCUCCUACUUCUUGUCUUGUCUCUAUCCUCCUCCUCACUGAAGAAAUGACAUCCACAACUAUCAUGUACAUGAUUAAAGCCUUAAAUUGUAGGUUUUUUAGGAUGAACAGGGUCUUUUGAGGUUCAUUACAGCUGUGUGGUAAGCUACUUUCAGCCUGUCAGCCCUCACCUCGGUACACAACACCAAAACAGUGACAACCAGGCAACAGUGUCUUGGAGGGAUCCCCAGAUUUGAUGCCAGAUUUUGUUCCAGAUUUGUGCAAACAAUUUCCUCAAAGCUGGAACAUGUGCAUGCUUUCUGGUUUGUUUUAACUGUGAUAAUCACCUGCGUCAGCCACAAUAAGAGCCUUGCAGCUUUUUUGUUGCCUUUGGUAGAUGAUAAGAAGAGCAAUUAAUGGUGCAGUAUUUUCCAAAACACUCCCGCAAAGAUGUCGCCUUCGGCCAAGGUGCUUUCGUGGUUUUGUGAUUAUGUAGUCAUGAACUUGAGUGAGCUACUGAUGACUUGAGGAUUACUGUAGAUGAUCUGGAUCAGGACCGUGGAAGCAAUUUGCCUGCCAAGCUCUCUUCACUCGCUCCUCGUGUGACUUAAAAAAAGAGUAACAACUACUGAAGGACAACAGGUUACACCCAGAAAAACAGGGUGUCACCGCAAAGGAACCAAAGCCGCUGAGUUGCCACUUAUUCAUCAUGUCUUACUUGUGUUUUUGUGUCUCUUUUCAUUACGAAUACAAACUGAAGACCGCUCUUUCAUCCACUUUCUAAACUGGUAUUUUGUGUGUGAUGAUUUGACUUCCCUUUUCUUUCCUUAUUUUCGGCUGUCCUCUUAUUUUGUAGAUGUUCUGUGGACCAAACCACCUGAGGGGCGUUUCACAGGGGGGUUAAUAGGAUUGCAUCUUCACCUCCUCACCUCUUCCUCUACCUCUGCUGCCACUUUUAGGUCCUGAGGUCAUCACAGUGUGUCUUCACACUGACAGUAAUGAACCCGUGAAGACUUAUUCAGGGUCUCCAUCUGACCAUUCUACCUUUGACUUUUGGACCUUUCUGCUGUCCUUCAUGAUUUUGAUGAUACUUGUGCAUCUGCUGAAGACCACGGGCGGCCGCCAGGAUAAUCCCACAACACGCGCUUGUUGGUUGUGUAAUCCCCACAGGAAUGUCACACAUUUUCCUCUAUACAGCCCAUCACCCAGGCAUUUUUUAAAAAGACGACCCGAUCAGUCCCUGAAGACGAUUUACAGAGAGGUGAAGAACAAAAAGAGAGGGAGGAUGAGCGAACUAUAACGGUUUACACAGAGCAUUUUAUAGUAUGAUUAAUACUAAAGCUCUCUAAAACAUACCGGUUUAUGUUGUGCCCUUAUUUUGAACCAAACUUGUGAUUUGGAUUUCUUAUUUUAGACGUGCUGAAAAUCUGUAUUUUUUGCCAAAUGUGAUAACUACUGUUAAUACAUUGAUACUUUUUUCUUAAAGCUCUUAUAAGGAACUUUCUGAUUGUGUCAACUUUGGCGCCCCCUGUGGAGUCUUCGCUUAUCUUGUCCUAUUCAUGUCAGAGUACCGUCUCUUGACCAAAAACUAAUCCUGCUGACUUUUAACAAUUAAAUCUAUUAUUUAUUCUAAUUAUUUGUUGCAAAUUUGUAAAUACAGGGCAGUUUCUGCAGCUGCUCGACUGACACCUAUCCCCUUGCACCAUUUUCAGGAAUUAAAAAUGACAGUGUACAAAUUUCCAGUCAUGUCCCUGGUGAUCUAUUUUGUUUGAAUGUUGAAAAGCGUCAACAUGAAUUUCAGUACAUUUCAUCAACAUCAAAAAACUCCUUAAAGGAGCUUUAAGUUAAAUGUUUCAAAACCAGGCACACAAAUUUCAACUCAAAUUUCAACACAAAUAAACAUCUAUAACCAUAUUUUUUUUCUUUUCAACAUUUUGUAAAGCUUCACAGUUUUACCAACUAUAAAAGCAUUCAUCCUGUGAGUAAUGAUAACAAUAAUAAUAAUAUUUAACGAUAACAAUACAAUGUUGUAUCCACAAUGUGAGAAUAAUGCAUGAUUCUAUUUUGAAAGGUUGCAACACUGGAAAAUAUUUGAUUAUUAAUGGAAACUAUAAAAAAGUGUCUUGAAAGAUUCAUUAGUGCAAUAAUGUUCAUUUGAAUUUUAAUAAAUUGGAGCCAUAAUUUAUUUGAAAAUAGCACUAGGGUCAGGCAAUCUCUAUUGAUUUAUUUUUGUGUGUCUCAAUUAACCUAAGACCAAUGAGAAGUCAAGUUUGAAUUGUUGUUUGUUACUUGAAUCAACACAAAUCCUUUGCUCUGAAUCGGUAAAUUAUGAGAAAGUCUCUGCCAGUUUAAAGCGAUUCAAACAUGCUCAUUCAGUGUCUUAACCAUAGACUGUAUACAGGAUAGAAUAGUAUAUUCAGUCUAUGGUCUUUACACAUGACAGCAGUUUGAAAUAAUUCUCUGAAGCAGCUGUCUGAUUUUUGGUGGUUAAUACCUUCUAGUGAGAGAGCGAUGAAGACGGUGUGCACCUGAAAUUAAACAGUCAGUCGCUUGCUUAUCAUCAUCGUUCACUUAUUACCUGCACCUGUUCAAUUCCCGUCAUCAAGGGAAAUGACUGGAGUCUUCCUGCUGGACGACUGCAGCGCAGAGGGGACACAGUGUGGUCUUUGUGUGGUGUUUGGCUGAGCUCUGAACUCUCUGCUCACAAAUGUCUGAAAUUUUGAUAACUGAGGAUGUAAGUGUAUUCAGUGACAAACUAUGAGACACACUGUUCAGUGCGACACUUUGCUCAUCUGUCAGAUAUAAUAGAGGACUUUGUGUAUCUGUGAUUUCAACUUUGAUUGUUGCUGUGUGAGUUGGGUUCAAAUAUUGCAUUGAAUUCUGUUGGUGCAAUAAAAAUAUACAAACCCCUUAUUGAACUAUUUUGAAUCUUUCCUUUUUCUUUUUUUUGUUUUUUUUUACUGAAUCUGUUUUUAUAUAAUGUUUUUUUUAUUGGUGAGGAGUUGCCUUAACUGAUCCUCCUUUUGCUGAUACACAAAAUUACCACGUUUAAUGCUGAAGGCUGCACACAAGUAAAAGUAAAGAAGCAGGCAGGCUGUUAGAAACCACGGUAAUACAACCCAGUGCACUCCAUCGCUAUGUUUGCUGCUGAAAAAGGACAUAAUUGAGAUUAAAGAUUACAGCAUUAAAGACUUGUUUUACAAAAGCCACGUUCACUAUCUGCAGCAAAUAAGUUGAGAACCAUCACUUGAACCUGGUGCUGACUUGGCAUUCAGUUGUGUAGUCUUGUCUGCUUGUUUGCAAGUUUUUUCAGUGACACAGAGUAUCUGCUUUGUCUCAGUCCAUUCAUUAAAACAGUCUUUUGAUCAGUGUGAAUAACUCAUGGUUUCUCUUUGAAAUAUUGGGGUUAAAACUGAUUGGCCUCAUUGUUGAAAUUAAAGCAAAUGCUCAGCAGCUUUUUGAGAGGAUGGUAGCUGAGCAUUAAGUGUGUGUCAACGAUGACCUGGCACAUUAACAACAAGGAGACUGUCCCUUUUUUUAUAUUGUGACAUUCAGAGACCGGUUGUCUCUUCUCCAAUGAGUGACUAAAACUAUUAAAUAUUUGAGGGUAAGGUUUUUCACUUGACUUCUAGCAUGUAAGAUUUGAAAUCUCUCGUGUCGUGUCAGGAUAAAUAAUGACGUUUGUGGGUGUGUUAGCCUGUGUCACCAACACAUAUUUCAUACUUGAGCAUGAGCAGAAAAUGCCAUAGAAACAUGCUGUAGGUCACUGUACAAUAAUGUACAGCAACCACUCGUGGAUUCCUCAUGCUAAAUACGCCACCCAAGAGUUUAACAGAUGACAAAAAAAGUGUUUCAGCGCAGCUUUACCAAAACAUCAUUUAUAAUGAUAAUGGGAACCAAAGAAACCAAAAUGACUUUUUAAAGUUGACGUGAUUUUCUCCCAUGUCUGGGAAUGCAUGAAGUCAUUAUCUUGACUUCCUCUUGGUCAGAGACCAAAGAAUCAGCAGGCUGUCCGCAUUGCUGUCUGUUGUGUUGGCCUCAUUGUAGGGAGGCUUUCUGACUGUCUCAAACCUCUUGUGGGUUAAACUUCAGUGAGAAAUAUGUCUCUCUUGGGAGUUUUACUAUAGGGGCUAAAUGAAAUGUGUCAAAUCUGACACUUAACCAAACCUAGUUUGAGUGAUUGUCGUUGAGUCCCAGAGGUCAUGUGUAGGCUGAUUACAGCAGAAGUGAUGAGUUCACUGGAUUAAAUGCUUCCAUAAUUGUGACAUAUGUAAUAUGCUAUUGGUGAAGAUUUGUGACAUGGGAUGUGUCUUUCUCUGGUAAAGAAACCAUUUUCUCCCUCUUUCUCUCACUCACUUCUUUUGCCUCAUCUCCUUUGCCAUUUCGUAUUGUGAUCUCCAGUGGGAUCCAAUCAGCUGCUUCUUGUCAAAUUCAGACAUAAUCUGUUCAAGUAGUUUACAGGAUUUGUCAAAAUUGUAAGGACAGAAGUGAUCGAGACAAUGGUGUUAAGGGAUGAGUAAAUAUGUAAAGCAUGUUGAUGGCUCUGACUGGAGGCGGGACAAACCUCUGUAUCUCUGUGACACUCCUUAGACAGCCUGGCAGUAGACCAGCUGUCGCUGCUGAGGCUGACAGCUGCCUCUUGAUUGACACCUGGUGCCUACCUGAUUGACACCUGGGACUGAAGUCUUCAGACAGUCGUGCCACUCGUGCAGUCCCCCUUGCAAAGUCAGUGUGAAGUUAUUCUGUCUCUCUUGGCCCUUUCAAUUAUUUUUAUGCUGUUCGGAAGUUGUAGAAACAAAUGGGGGUGCAGCAGGGGAGAAGAGCAGCACUCUGCAGCUGCUGACUGCGACAUUGACCCAAAACAUCUAUUUUCAUGGCUGGCAAUGAGUCAAACAAUUUUCUUUGGUUGUGGAAAAAAAAUGCAUGAUUUAAUUAAACAUAAAAACAAUGAUUAUCUAUGGAACCUCCUUAGUGUUGUAUUCUACAUCCUCUUUUCCAAAAGAGCCAGUAGAGUUUGAAGCCAUUAGGACCAUAAAGGUUAAAUAUUUUCUUAUCAGAGAAUAAAACUUUCUUCCACCUUUGAAUGUCCCAUGUUUGGUGCAUCCUUGCAAAGCUCAAAUGGGCAAUUUUGUGGCGUUGAAGGAGGCUUGGCCUUUGAAAACAUUUUUGUUUUUGUAGCCCUUCCCUCGCAGAUGUCAUCUGAUUGUAAUUGAGCUGCAGUCAACACCUGUAAUGGCCUUAAUUUGGGACGAGGAUCGUCCCGCGUCUUGACGGACACACAUUUGGAUCCUCCGGCUCAGCGCUGGUGAGAUUUUUUGGGGUCUACCACUUGAUUUUUUUGUUCCAUAACCCUCCGGAUCUUUUAAGAAAUGAAAAAUGACUGUCUUACUGCGUCCAACCUCAGCAGCAAUGGUACGUUGUGAGAAGCCUUGUUUAUGCAGCUCAACAAUCCUACCAUGUUAAAAGGCAGUGAGCUUUUUUGCCUUUGCCAUGAAGAGAUGUUGACAGUGUGGCUGCUUGACCAGAAAUGACAUGGAAUCCAAAUUUUCGCACAGAUUUGGGCUUUUAAAGGCUGUGGUCUUAAACUUUUGAUCAGCUGAUGAACAGCCUAUUUCAGUUGAAUUGUUGUUUUCAAUAAAUUGCCUGCUCAAAACUUUUGGUCUCUUAUUCCCAUUUCUUCUUAUUGCAUUUUGAAGCUCUACUAAGAACCGUCUUGAGGUCCAACAGUGCUAAAUAUCAAUUCUUGCAAUUUUUUAACUGGUCUUAAGAUUUUGAUCAGGAGUGUAUGUUAGAAAGGAAGGGACUUUAAUAAUUCAGUAGGUUAAUUCCUAAAUACCCAGUGCAGAUGUUAAGUACCAGCAAUGUGGGGAUACUAAUAUAGUAUUAUAAAUGUUCAAUAUUCUCAUUACCAAUCAGCAUCUGCACCUUUUUCGAAAAGUCUUGAACCAGGUGAGAUCUGUUUCUUUUAAUAAUGACAGUUUUACAUGUUUUUUCCCCUCAGACAGACAAAAUCCCUAAAUAUAUUCUAAAUAAAACAAGUCAAACUCACACGAUCUGGUUCAGUCAGUAUAGAUAGAACUAAAAUUGGUUCCUGUGCUGUCCUUUACCUCUCUUGGCCUCUCACUAAAGCCAGAGGGAUCAGCCUCGGUGGCCUGAGGCCUCUACUCUUGGCUCCAAAGGAUCAAGGUCUGUGACGACUUUAUCUUCUCGCAUGCUUUACUACGAAGAGGAAGAGUCACUUUAAAACACAUAUUCUUAAAUUAAGAAUUAUUUUGCUUUAUCAUCAGUAUCUAUAUGUGUCAGAUUGGAAAUUUUUAAAAUUUCAUCCAGAAAUGCCAGGAUGAAUAAUUUUGUAAACUUAUUGUUAACUGGAUGUUGUCUACAGCUGUAUUAACAUGCACAAAUGAAGCCUUUAAUUAUUGUUUAUACUUUAUUAUUUUCUAUACUGUAAAAUCUAAGCGAGGGAAAAUGUACUGUAUGAUAAAAAAGAAAAAAUCUGAUGAACUUCUGUCUUACAAAUUGUGGUUUUCAACAGGUCAGAUCCCCUGAAGCUGAAGAAAUUUAAUGCCCGUUUUAUGUUGUCUGAGAUGGCAUGGGGCCGGAGGUAGACCACCUUUACAGGUCAUGUGAUAUGUGGAUCAUCUUGAGGCCUGCACAGCGGAUCACUAGGUUCAAACACUCUUUGACUCAUUGAUUUACGGGCACUGAAAGGCAGCAGGACUCCCGCAGUUACACAUACAGCAGAGUUUUUUACACAGCGGUAAGUGACUUGCAACUUUCAACUUAACGAUGACUCAGUUAAGACUGUGUGGCAAUGAAAUGAUUAAACAGUUCCCGAAUCUCUGAGACUGAGUGGUCGUUAAUUAUUUUUGGGGUCAGGUGGCAAAUUCCUCUCAAAAUUAGGUCAGUUUGAAAUCUUUGUCACACUUUUGGUGAAAACCUGUUUCCUGCAGUUUUGACACCUGAUCUGUCUUUGUCAGUCGAUUAUUGAUUGCAGCACUUUGACAUUUCCCCCUAUGUUUCUACUCUGAGUUUGAACAUGAUCAUCGAAACGCUAAUGCUGAUGGUUUACUGUUAUGUCUGCUUUUUUUUUUUUAUAGUUCUUAAAUGCAGACUAACUGACAGGCUGUACAUGUGGAAUAGGAAACAAGUUAAUUUCAGCCUUCCUUGUCCGUCUAACCUUUGCUUUCCCACCGUGUCUCUUUCUCAGAGUCCGGCUGUCUAGACCAGUCCAGCCUUGCAGAGGGAAGAUGCACUGUGGGUAACUGGUGCUGAGGCCUGAAAUGAUUACAAUGCACACAGGUAGGGAAAAGGCACCUAAGACUUUUUUACUAGGGCCCUCAGGCUUCAGGGGCAAUUUUCUCUGUCAGAGGCUUAUCACCUCUGCUCCUGCUCUCAGCUGGUGUGAGCGUCUUCAGAAGGCAACGCCAUGAUCUUGAACAAUUAGUCCGGCCCACUGGAGUUAGCAACCAGACCUACCUGUCAGUUUUGAUUAAUGUGGAGAAGCUGUCGUCUUUUAGAGGUUGCCUUUAAGGAACACUAUAAACACUAUAAAAAGGGUCGUAUUUCAAGUGUGGUGACAAAAGGACUUUUUUUCUGUCACCCCUAGAUGUAUCUCGGUUUAGGUAGAUUAAGAGUUGUUAACGAGUCAUUUCUCACCCUAAAAAGUUGUAAGUGACUUUUACAAUGUCAUAUAGUUUUUUGUUUGAACAGAUGGUAAAAAUCUACACAGAGAUGAGUUUAUAUUCAACAUUUAAAUAUGAGCAAGGCCUCUUUAAUAGUUUUCCCCUACGGUAAGUAAAGUUUCAACAUCAGAUUAAAUGAAUUUCAUUGUGAAACAUGUUACUAUGCCAGAGGAGCAGACUGCAAUCAAUGAGCGUGCACAUGAACCAACUAAAACAUAAUGUAAUAAUAAAACAAUAAAACAUAUUCAUACUUAAUAUUUUUAUGUAAUGUAAUUUUGCAUAGAGGUACAUUAUACCUCUAGAUCCACAAAAAUAUCUUUUCCAACAUGUCACAGUCUGCGUUCACUCUUCUGCACAUAUUUAAAUUUCUUACUGUCCUGUUCACACAAAUCAGAAGACAUGUGUCUUAUCCCACACAACUGGGAGUUAUAAUCACUGCCAGACAGAAGAUUACCCACCCCACCACAAACACAGCCAGAGGCUCACACACACACACACAGACACACACACAACCCCAGCUCACUAGGUGUAACCCGUCUUCCUAUCUACAGUAGCCAAUGGUAGUGAUUACCAGUAAGAGCUGAUAAACUGAUCCAGCCUCCCCCCUCUCCCUUAUGGAAAAGCCCAUCAUGGAGGUUUCAGUUGACCCCUGUUUGCCAAUCACCUCUUGCAUCAAUAAUGAAGUAUAUUUUUUAUAUUACAGGUGUGAUAUUACAGUAUGAAAUGGCAUAUUUCCAAAGGUUGCGUAUGAGGUUGUUUUCCAAACACAAAAUUCAUCUUGCAAACACAAACCAAAUUCUAAUAAAGAUGUGUUUAAAAUCAAACAGCGUAAGUUUAAUGUAAGUGCAUGUUUUCUCUGCCAGUCAUGGGAUCAAAUUAGGAUAAGAUCUCCAAUAAUGGUCUUAGAAAGGGAAAAUCCCCUUCAAUAUGAACAGAAAUGUGUUGUUGGAACAAACAGGAGGCUGUGACUCAAGAUCAACCAGAGACAUAUUUGCACCACCCCGUUUCCAUUGCGCACCCUUGGACAUGUCUGGUGCGCUCUACAUAGGGCAUCCACCAGAGACGUCAAAGAUAGUCGAUUAUAAACGUUGCCAUAGCAUCAAACCAGACAAUUAUUGCACUCUUUACUUAAAUAUUUACAUUUCUAAAAACUUUUUUGUAUGUUUGCUCUUAUUCUAAGACUUAAGAUUUGGCAAACGAAGUGGAGAUCUUCUCACACCACACAGGCAGAUGUGUUACCUGUACAAGCGACCCACGUGAUAUGAGCAGAGUCUGAUUGGAGAAGGAUGUAGCUCUCAGGCACAGGGCCAAAUUAAGUUUACCUCCUCCCCCCCAAAGGUGUCUCAUUCACUUUUCGGACGGGCACUCUGCCCCUCCUCUCCCACACUGACGAAAUAACAGUGUGCGUUAGGCAAAAUUGAAAUUGUUGCUUGCCAGCACUUCGCUGUUUCUGUCGUCCCGUUCAGAGCCAGGAUCUUCUGGAGUGGGACUCUGCAACUCUGGAGCAUCAAAGAGGGGAAGGCGCACCGGGGAGAUAAGUCCUCCUGCGCCCAUUUGGAGUGGACAUAUUUGGGCACUUUUUACGCACGCAUGUUGAGCACUGGGACUAACUGGAAUUAAGGAGACAGAGCGAUUUUUGUGCAAUUUAUGGAAUAAAACAACUUUAAAUGUAAGUAUUCAACUUUUUUAUGUUGUACUGAACUUAAUAUUAGCAUUAAAUUGCUCUUAUUCGAUAGUUUAGUGACAAAUGUGUGCCUUUUUUAUAACGAUGCGUCACAUUUAUUAAUAAAAUGUAAAAAAAUGACAUUUUUCAAGUGGUUUAGUUAAACUUUUCUAACUGUCUCCUAUCGGUUUAACUUGAACGCACCCAGUCAGUGAUGCCCCGCUGUCCUCAAAUAACCUACUCUGCUGUGUCCCGCUGCAGCGCGGAGCAAGUGAAUUUUUUAAAACCAGAGCAAAGAAUUGGAAAUUACUCCACAGAGUUUUAGAAUAUACACAUUUCAAGUUGAAAUGAUAACACAAUGACACCCCGUCUGGAGAUGUUUGUUACAGAAGCAUUGGCAACAGGUGUUUCUAUGGGAAAUAUUCCAGAAUCGGCACCAGAGUCAGACUUUGUUCAGCUCUUUUAACAUUCUCAGCGACAGCUCAAGUGGUACUUUUUGCUUAUUAGAGGGUACUGAACAUCCCCGAGAUGCACAAAGCAACAGGAUGUCAGAAGAAAUGCAUAAAAUAAAAAUCUACUUUGAAACUCAUGAGUCGAGCUUUUUUCCCAAAUUCCUCGAAACCAUUCUGCGAGAGCACAGCAGCUCACCAGACUCCACUGUUGUUCCAGAAUAUCUUUUUUUAUCCAGGUUAGAAGUAUACAUGCAGAAGCAGAUGUCAAAUAAUCAGACCUGGGAUUACUUCUCUCACUGACUCCCUCAAGUCUCAUUUCAUUAGUUUCCACUGGGGUGGGUCCGUUGACUCAGGAUGAAAUUGUGGGAGUGCUGGCAUUAAGUCACAAUCAUACCCACCCUGACAUAUUUUAGAAGAGGACCUCUUUUCAUCGCCAAUUUCCAUUAUAACAUGAGUGUCUCGUUUUUACAGCUUUCAAUUUGCUGCUCCCACUGCGACCCACCACUUGUGUUUAUACAGUGGGGUGGAAAUGAGGACAGGGGGCUCACUGCUGAAAAAAGAAAAGAAAAAACCUCCAGGAAGCUUUUUAUCUCAGCUCUGCCACCCACAAUUUCAAAGAGAUGCCUUAGUCAUUGGCCUUAACUUCGCCUCUUUAAUAGGAAGUCAUUCAAAAGAUUGUGUAUGGUCAUACACAUGUAUCAGAUAAAUCAAAUAUUUAUUGUGUCUAAAUGUUUUCCAAAGAGUCAAAAAGAGCGUCAUGGCAUAGCUGUCUUAUUACUUUUUUGUAUGUUUAUGGUUAAUGUUGAAUAAUGCAUCUGAAAUAUGUGUUUUUGUGCAUGAUUUUAAUCUAAAUCUAUAUUUUUUGUAUUAAUAAUUUCACUUUAAAAUGUUUAAUGAGGAUCAAAACCUUAAAACUGAGACCUGUGCAUGAUUGAAAUGCAUCUUAUCUAAAAAUCUAAGUGAGCUAGUAUGUGCUUUCAUGGAACACUUCGAACACUGUGAAUUAACCCUGAAAAAUCAACAUAAAAAGGAACGAUUUUAUGAGUUUUUGAAUAAUGCACUUUUAUUUUUUUUUCAACAGAUGAUACUAAAUAUAAAGCAUAUCCUGUGGUUAUACUGUCUCUGUGAAGCUGCGACUGCAACAGGUAAGUCUGAGUCUGAGUCAUCUCUCCCUUUAUCUUUUUCCAUUAUCUUACUUACUUUCCCUCUAUCCUGCACUCCUUCUCUCCACAUGUCCAUCCCACUGUGUUGCAACCAUUCACAGGUCAUUUGACAUAGUCACAACUGAGUGGCGUCUGUACUUGACUGCUUAUCUGCAGCAAACUGACUCAUGUGUCAGUGGUGCCUCACAGCAUUAAGACUUAACUCUGCUCUUAAGCAAACGGUGAUAACCACUAUCCACUUCCCACCUUUACUCAAUGGUGAAGGUAACAGCGUUGGCCCCUAAGGCCCCUCUGGCCCCCGGCUCUCCGGCUCCCCCCGGGCCCCUUGUCCCUUGGCCUUGUCUCUGGGUAUGGAUGGACACCUUUCAAUUAGUCAGGAAACAACAGCUGGUUUCACCCCUCAUCCUAAUAAGGCCCUCUGUUAAAGCACACACACACACACUCAUGCCUCUGGGGCUGUCCCACCACUGUUUUCAGAGCAUUCCCUACAUUGUUCCCUGUGAGCCCCUACCCCCCAACCCACCCACAUAUGCACACACACAAAAACAGGCAAAAAAAGCAAAAAAGCUUAAUCAUCUUCCUCACCACAAGGGCUACAUGUGAUUCAGCCUGUUGCCAUUCAGUUGUGUCUGGCAUCCCCUCCUCUUUGCAAUGGCGUGAGGUGAAGCUUAAAUAAAUUGUGACUGUUAACUUUGUCUGAUUUGGCUGUAACCUUUUUCUUCACUCAGGAUGUAGGAAUUAUUGUAAUAUCACCACUCUGUGUUUCAAUGCAGCUGAAACAUUAAGAAUAGGGAGGAUUCAGAGAUGCAGGUUCUUCUCCAGUGCAGACAACAUUCAGUAUUUCGCAGCUUUUUAUCUUUGUUUGUUUUUUCUCUUACCUGCCACCAUCAGUUUUUGCUGUUGUAGGUAAGGGGGAGAUAAUUUCAAAGGAAAAAAAGCAUGUAUGUAAGCAGUAGUGUGAGGUAAUGCAAGCAUGAUUUAAGAGUUUAUUCAAUUAUCUAUACCUCCAUACAAACAUGCUGUAUACACUACAUUCUGUGUAGCCUAUGUUCUCACACCCAUCGUUUUGAGGAUGAGGUUUGACUUUCCAAGAGCUAUUUUCGGGCCAUGAUGCGUGUUAUUUUUUAUUAGGCUGGUUGCAGUUGUCACACCCUGUCAAUGUAAAUGGGUCGCGCAGUUAAACAGGGUCUGCUUGCGUCUGUUAAAAUGAGAUCAAAUAGGUGUAACAUGUUUAUGUAGAAUAAUACCAUCAAAAAAAUCAAAAGUGAAUGAAUUAAUUUACAGAAAAUGAAUUAAAUCUUUUUCAUUUUGCCUUUCAGCCCACAACGCAUUAUCGAUAAUCAAACCAGUCACUGGGUCCCUUUCGGGGAAGGUAAACCUUCCCUGCUUCUUCUCCAUCAUCCCAACCUCAGCACCGGUCAUCAGCUCCAAUGCAGACUACUUGCGGAUCAAAUGGACCAAAAUAGACCGGGGAGUAGAAUCCACAGUGUUGGUGGCACAAAAUGGGGUUAUCAAAAUAGGCUCAAGCUACAGGAACCGCGUGUCAGUGCCCAGCCACCCUGAGGAUGUGGGCGAUGCCUCACUGACGAUGGUCAAGCUGCGUGCCAGUGAUGCAGGCACUUAUCGCUGUGAAGUCAUGUACGGCAUCGAAGACACCCAGGAUACAGUUAACCUCGAUGUCAAUGGUAAGAGACAACUUCUGAAUGUAGAGGGGGGAUAGACUUAAUAAUGGUGAAAUGUGAUACAAGUGUUGAUAGACAUGUAAACGGUAUAAGAGAACUUUGGGCGCCUUCUGCUUACUUAGUAGUUAUGCAGGCUAACCACAGUUUUUAGGUCUUAUUUUAGAGGCGCUCUCAAAAAGAGAUCCCUGUCCAUUCCAGGAACAGCAAUAUUUUACUUUAAAUGUUGUUGAAUCUUACUCAGAGCCAAAAUGUGAAUCCAACACAAGAAUAGACGAAAGGGGUGUCAUUUAAGGUGCCGCUUUUUACUCUCUUUAAGGCACUCAGAGGAUGUUAUCUUUCAACAGUAUUCCCCAAUACCCUUCAUCAAAUGUAAACAAGUGCUAAAUUAUAUAUAAGAUAAUGCAAAUUACUGCUGUACCUCCAGGCCAAAAGUUAUGGUCUCCUUGGGGGGUGGGUUUAGGGAGAUGUUUCACUUUAGAAGUAUUCUGGGAGCUAUAACUCAUGUUUUGGGGAUGUAGAAAACAUGGGUGGGGUGGGGGGAUGCUGGGAUAGUUUUGGUUUUCUCUAGUUUACAAUCUGCACAACCUCUUUUCCAACUAUCUGCAAUGUUAAUGAGGACUAUCAAUCAUAUCUUCUGCGUAUGUUUACUGUCCACAAAUAUGGGGAUUUAAGGGCCAUGGCAUCAUCUGCAGCUUUCUCGUUCAUUUGUGGUUAACUGCAUUGAGUAUUUCGUUUAUCCUUUGGGUUUAUUGCAAAGUUCAUCCUUCCCAAAGAAGCUGAAAGACCCAAUUAGCCAGUUAUGGUGUGUGCUUUAUAAGACAUUGCCAUAAUUUAUAGCUGGGAAAUUACCCUGAUGAGUCCCAGAUUACUUUGUUCAUGUUUCCAUACAAAAGUUCAUUAUGUUUGGAUGACCCCUCUAAAACUUGUUCGUUUGUUGUCCAGGUGUGGUUUUUCAUUACCGGGCAAGCACCAGCAGGUACACUCUUGACUACCAGAAGGCCAUACAAACUUGCCAGAAUAUCGGAGCAACCAUUGCUACAUCUGAUCAACUGAAAGCAGCCUAUGAAGACGGCUUCGAUCAAUGUGACGCUGGCUGGAUUGCAGACCAGACAGUGAGGUGAGCGUAAAUCUUCGACGGAGGAUUUAUCUCUUUUAAUUUAAAACUAAUAUCCAGUGAUUAACAAUGUCUGAUAUAAGCUAGAUUACAUAACAGCUGUUUGUUCUUCUCUCUGUACAGAUAUCCAAUCACAAAGCCAAGACAGGGCUGCUAUGGUAACCUAAAGACCAAACCUGGAGUGAGGUCAUAUGGGACCAGGAAACCUACGGACACCUAUGAUGUUUACUGCUAUGUCGACAAACUCGAUGGUAAGUUAGCCGCAAAAUUAGUCUUUUCUGCUUCUUCGAGAUGAGGUGUCAUUUAGAGGCACACCCUUUGGCUGAAAUUAGGAAACCUCUAAAUUAUUGCAGUGCCAGAGCAAAUUGCUUUAGCAGAUUUUAACAACACUGUGGAAAUGCACUCACUGUUUUAUUGAACACUGUUUUGGUGACUAUGUGUGAUCUUUUAUGUGUUUUCUUGCGCCAAACAAAACAACUGUUUGUGUUGUAGACCGGGUGCUAAGAAAAGGAGGGGAGAUUUUUUUUUUCUUCUUAUACACUACUGUAGGAAUCAAAAAUUAUUCUCACUCUGGUGGUUUUUGAAGAAGUAGCCAACAAAAAUGUGAUAAUUGGGGUUUUAAAUGUCUUUGGCAUCCCUUUAGGAAGUCCUCCAUUCUCAGCCAACAGCUUGUCUGUUUAUUAUUUUGUCUUUUAUUGCUGAUGGACUCAACUCUAGCAUGUUUGUUUCUCUUUUUUUGAUCAACAACAUCCCUUUUGACGGAUUAUAACUUGAGUCAGCCACAUAUACGAUAAGAUAAGACACAAAGAACUUUAUUGAUCCCUGAAAGGAAAUUUAAGGGUAACUGGCUUAUGCAGCUACUCAUCUUAUCCUGGGUUUGGUUUUUGUCCAAGUCCGUCACAUAACCCCAGAGUGGUGCAUGAAGGGCACACAUUGUACCCCACUUAACUGUGGUUAAUUGUGUAUUUACUAUCGAUUUUAUGUAAUUAACUGUGUGUUUACUGAAUUAUUGCCAUAUGUUAAUUGGUGAUUGUUGAAUAAUGAGUGAGUUUCUAGUAACAGAGAUUCAAAAAAGAGAGAGAUAAAGAUGAUAUUCUUUAAAGAACUUAAACCUGAAAACCUCUAUUGUCAUCAUAUUAGUUCUCGUAACAGACUAUUGGGACACCAUGAAAACAAAGUUUUGAUUGGUAAAAUGAUAGAAAUUGAAAUGAAAAGAGAGCGCUCAUGAAAAAAAACCAUUAAAGUGUACCAAGAGAAUAGCCCACACAUACAUAAAACGCACAAUUACCAAUCAUAAUAUGGUUGUCACUAUCAGUAUAUUUCAAACAGCAGAUAUUUCCAGAUGAAAAUACCGUGUAAAUCAGGGAAUUUCAGUGGUUGCAAAUGACUGACCCUGUUAUUGAACUGGGUGGAAAGUAUCUCCUCAUCUAAAUGUCAUAGUUAAUCAAACAGAUCAAACCAGCAUGGGAUACAUGAGUCGUUACGCCCCAGACUAACUGAAAACAUGUAGUCACUCACUCAUCCCCUUAUUUUUUUAAUGGUUUCAGUUAGGCUCUUUCUCUCCGCAGUCUCUCAGUCACAUUGUUUGUAGACAAACACUCAUACUUGUAACUGUGAUCCUACUGCUACCUUUUCGUCCCUUUCGAGAACAAAAUGAUGGAGCACAUUGAAGGUAUAAUCUCGCUUGAGAAAAGAGAACAGACACAUUCAUUCCCUGGUCAGGCACAUUGUCUGCAUUGCUUUCCCACCUCAGAGUAAGAAAAUGAAUCAACUACUGUUGUCCUAAAUAUGACUGGUGGGAGAUGUGUUGGGUCUGAGCCUUGCACAGCUGUGACUUUUGUCAGCUGAUUCUGUGCCAAGCGUUUUCUGAAAGGUCAAAAUGGUGUACAAAUCUGUUCAGGAUUACACUAAAUGACAAGCUGUUUGGAUCUCCUUUCACUGCGAGUUAUUUGAAAUAGGAUAUGUUGUGACCAUGCCAUUGUUAGUAAUGUAGCACGUAUUUAUGCCAGUGCUUUGGAAUAGACGGGAAUUUAACCAUCUGCAUUGAGUGAUUCUCUUGCAAACUCAUAGCUGUGCGUUUUGUUAAGUGGUUGUUGCCCUUUGCCCUCUGUAUUCCAGGUGAAGUUUUCUAUGCUCCGGUGACCCGUAAAAUGACUUUUGAGGAGGCCAGUGAGGAGUGUACGAAGAGGGGGGCCGUCCUGGCAAGCCCCGGUCAGCUCCAUGCUGCUUGGCGACUCGGUCUAGACAAGUGCGACUACGGUUGGCUCUCGGAUGGCAGCGCACGACAUCCCGUAGCAGUACCCAAGAUGAAGUGUGGUGGAGGCCUGAUAGGUGUCAGGACCAUGUACCGAUACAGAAACCAGACCGGCUUCCCAGAACCAACCAACAAGCUUGGAGCAUACUGUUUUAAAGGUAAGUCUGGGGGUACGAUUACAGUGUGUCUCUGAACCAAGUGUUAGUUGGAUAUAGCAGGACAUGACCCCAUUUGGUUGUAAGGGUUUCAGACACAAAUUGAAGGCACAGACCAUUCCCUGUCAAACCCAGGCCUUCACUGCAAGGAGCAAUGAUCUCAUUUCCGACUCUCCUCUGCUCCUCCACCCUUUGAUUUUCAGCUCUUUUACUCUACCGUACACAUUUCCAAUUUUGAACCUGAGCAGCGUUUGAAAUAUUUAUAACCUGUCCUUUCUUUUCCCUAUUGUUCUGUUAACUCUGAGUCUGUUUUGCCUUAUGAUUGCAUAGUUUCAACGACAAGAACAACAUGAAAAAAAGCAGAGGAAUAAUUAUCUCAUGAGUAGCGCGUUUUAUGUGCCAGACUAGUCGAACAGAUUGCAGCGUCUAGCUGACCUCACUGUCUCACAUUUGAGUUUCCCACCCAUUUCUGUAAAAGGAAAUUAGCCAAAGGGAAAGUAAAAUGAUGGUCGUAGACUCUGUUUUCUUUGAAAGUAAUAGACAUGGCACAUCUUAUUCUAAUGGGGAGUUUAUUGACCAACAGUUUGCAGGAGAGUUUGUGAACUGUCAGUGUCUGUGUGUUUUUUUUCCCUUUAUUACUUACAGCUGGGCUAAUCAUGGCUCCCUAAGCCGUAUCCUUAUUCAACCUCAGUGUUGAUGUGAAACGAACCAAAACAGUUUAUGUACUCGAAUGCAGUUGAAAAUACCCCAAUUCUUCAUUUUAGAUAAGUCUAUAAACAUGUGUUGUUUGAAAUAAACCUGCAGAGCCAGAGUGUUAGGAGUGUUGAAAAUUGAUCAUCAUUUACCAAACACAAAUGAUCAGCGUGGGAUUUUCUAAGGUAUGCACUGAAAAGACUCUGUUGCAAACUGUGUUAAUCACCGAUUAAAAAUAGCAGCAAAAUAAAAGUUUGGAUCCUUAUAAAUUGUGACACUUCACGCUCGACUGAUAGUUGGCAGAAUAAGUCCAAUCCCUCCAAAUGUGUGUUCUCGACCAAUCAGUGUCCAAGAGGCAAAACCGAAUGACAGUUGACGAUUGCCAUUUAGAGAAGCGGCAAAAGUGACUAAUACUACACCUGUCAGCCCUUUUAGUCCCGCUAUCUAACUCCCUUUUUCCUUUCACAUCUAAUUUCCGCCGUCAGAGUUUGCCCUCUGUCAUUCUCACUUGUACUUAUCAGAGCAGACGUUUGGAUAAUGGACAAAGCUACAGCCCAACUUCUAAAUCAGUCAUCCUCGGUGACCCCUGACCUGGCCUUUCCAUCUUUACAAAUGAGAGGUUGGACAGAUAAGCCAGCCCCUGACUGCCCAUUUACUGCCCUAGAGCUAUGCUAACUCUUGUGGUGAUAAGUCCACAUGGAGUUCAGAGGCCACACAAACAGGCCACCCUCACCUCCUGCUUUGUGUAUUUCAUGUCAACUCUCUCAGUCUUGUCGUAUUUACACCCCAGCCUAAGUGCCUUUUAAGUACCCUGAUUUGUUUGGCCCCAGUCCAUCUUAUUCAGUUUUUUGACUCCUAUUAAUAUCCCAGUUACACAAUAUAAUGAAAACCUUUGUCAGAAAGACUACACAGAAGUACAGGCAGACAGGAAAUUGAUACCAAGAGAAAAGAGAGAUAAUUUUUGUCUCAGUAUCAGUAGCAGCUCAAAACCAUCGGUGAGAUAAUGCACUCUUUCUGACAGCAGCAGCUCCUACUUUUCCUGGUAGGGAAAACGUGUCUCACACCUUACAUCAGAGAUAGAUUCCUGAAAAAAAGAGGGUGAGUACGUAAUGGUCAGCAGCUGGCUUUAAACAGUUUGUCUGCGCCAGUGAGGAAAGCUUUCUGGGGCUCUAAUGCGUCUCUUUAUGCCUGUGAGUAAAGGAGAGAUCAUGGGAGGACAGAGGGGUGGGGAUGUUGAGGCACAUUCAGGAGGAAACUGAACUGAGUUUAAAAGGAUUUACUCAUUAUUGGAAAUUAGGAAACACUUCAAAAGAAGCCGUUUAAAGACCUCCAGUUGUAUAGAAAAAGAUAAAAUCAGGGUCUGCCUCUCAGGCUUCUCAGGAUUUGAUAUAACUAAGUGCUUAUUUAAGUAAACUACUUGGUGAAAGACAUUGCAUCGGGUACAAGGGAGGCCAAACAUUGUCAGGGCGACUCUGGCAAACACAACACUACGUUGCUGAAAGUUUAUAAGCUGUUAAGUUGGUUUGUUACAGGCAGGUGAAUCCAUUCAGUGAAAUCAGAGGAUGUUUAGGACUCUUUGAAGGAGCAAGGAGCCCUUUGUGUCAACUUCAACCAAACUGAAACACUUUGGAAAUUCAAUGAUUUUCCAUAAACCCACGGCUAGAUAUCUACUUAGGCUGGUAAGCUGGGUUACAUGCCAAAAAUUCCCCCCAGGUUAAAGCUUUGUUUCAUACGUAGCAUUCAUUCUACUGUGUGCAAUAAAGUAAAAUUAAGUGCAAGCCGUUAUCAUGACAUUGCACUACAGUUUCCGAUAAACAUAAAACUCUGGGACUCAAUGUUGACGGUUUUUGCUGCUGUGGUUUCAGCUGUCAUUUCAAACAUAACCUUAACCCUAACCCCAAGACAGAUUAAAAAAGCAAAGUUUUGGUAGUUCAUGUUGUAAAAUCUUGAUGAUAGCUAGUAUGUUGCAAAUGCAUUGUAAUCUUGCAUUCUGGUUUGAACUUAUCGAUCAUAAAUAGACUUAAUAUUGAUUCGUGUGCUUUUGUGGUUAUUCUAGGAAGAAGAUGGGUGCUCAACCAGACUUCAUUUAUUGACAUGUCUGUGGCAGUAACCACCACCACCAUCAGCAGCUCUUCUACCUCCACCCCAUUAUUGGAGAGUAGCAUCACUACCCUUAGCCCAACAUCUAAAGAUGUCUCAGAGGCAGAAGAGGCUCCAGACUCUUCAGUUCCAUCUAUGUUUUCUACCAGUAUGGCUCCACCACGACCCACUCCGACAGGCCAAGAAGAAGAGUUAAUCACCACAGUUGCGCCCACUAUCAAAGAGGAGCAUGAGGAUGUUGAUGAAGUCACAGCUCCACCAGAUUUAAACAUUGAUGACUUUGUAAGUCCACAUGCAACCGAUGCGGUAUUUGUUCAUCAGCGCGGUGACGCAUUUUCAGAACCCCAAAGCACAACAGAAAGCAGAUAUACCACAGAGUCAGCGUCCAAGUCUGGGGAUGACGAGCCAGACGAUCACUCUGUAAUUGAAAUCAACACAAUCCAACCUGAUGUCCCCAAGCCAGAUGAGUCUGUCAUUACAGAGCCAAUGUUUGCUGAGGGGAAGACUGAGGAAACUAUUUUGGUUUCUGGGAUUCCAACCGCUAUAUCCUCUGACUACACUGACACGCCAACCGAUUCAACUGAACUAACCAGCGAGGAAGAUACCAGCUCCUCUGAUUCAACACCUUCACCAAGUGACCCUUAUUCAACAACAUUAUCCCCAGAUUAUGGACCCAGCAUUGAUGAUAUCGACUAUGGAUAUGUAGUAGAGGCUCUGCCGGGUUCUAAUACAUCCCAACAAGAUCUCUUACCAAGCAUCCCAGACUCCACCACUGUAACUGAGACAACAACACUCCAACCUGGCAGUGUGGACGAGUUAACUACCACAGGGCCACCAGAGAGUACCAGUAGGACUGCAAAAACUACACCUCAGAUGCAAGCUGUCGAGAUACCUGGUACAACAACCACCGCCAUACUAAUCGACAGUGGAACCUCAGCCGAAGAUUUGACGGCAUCAACAAGCGUACAUGUCUUUGACGAGUCUACCACUCAGCUGCCAGAGCAUGACAGAGACAACCUGACCGAGGCCACCACUGCGGCAGAAAUUGGCACCGAGUUUUUUACGUCUGCUCCCGUAGUUUCAGUUGUGGCUGAAAAGACGACAAGUCCAGGAUCAGUGGUCCCAGAUGAACAGCACACCACCAUCAUACCAGCACAGAAUGUAUCAGGUAAGACAAACAACCAAUACAUGAGACCUUUGAAGGUCAUUUGAUGUUUUUUUUUAAUCAAAUGCAAAGAUGCUAAUGCAGAUAUGGUUCUGAAAUAGAAAAAAGCCAGGUCUUGAUGUUGUUCGAUCACCAUGAUAAAAAGAAAUAGGUAUGAAGGUUGUCACACUAGUUUUGCUGUUGAUUCUAAGACAGUUAAAUCUUUUGUUGGUAUUGUGUGUGGCUGCUUAACUUCCAUACAGUAGCACUGCAUUGGCUGAGAAAUGGGAGAGGGGGGGGUGUUAAACUGUCCAAGGUCCUGAAGUCAAGUGAGAGAGAAAUUUGAUCCUUUGCCAAAAACAGCGGAGUGUGCUGGGAGCAAAACAAUAUGAGCACAGAUUCUGCAUUUGCAUUUGCAGAAAACUCAGAAAAUUCACUGUAAGCGUGCAUAUUUUUGACUCUCUAGCCUGUAUAUUUUUUAAACAUUAGGUUUAUCUGUCUGCACGGUUUGCAUCAGACUCUACUUUUUCUGCCCUUUGAGAUAUCUUAUAUGCAGUUCAUAACACAUUGAUAAUGCAGCUUUUGUGCUAUAACACCUGAAGAAAACCUUUGAACACCCAAUACUUGGUCAGGGUUACAUCACUGGGAUGGAGGUGAUUAGCUUGUGGUAGUGCUGAGGUGUUACAACUCUAAUAGUGUCCUUCAGCCUGACCAUAUUAUUGGAUUGGGUUUCUCUUAGUGUCCUCCCAACAGUAUAUGUAGUUUUUUUUUAUGGGGUCCAAGUUGGCUUGUCUGUCAAACUCAGGUGUAUCACAAUCGGCAAACCCUUUGGUAGCAGUUGUGGUGCUGCAGGUGCAAAGUCCUGUUAAAAGAGAUUGUGUGCAUUUCUGUAAGGCCUGCAGAUAGGAGCAUUAAGAUUUUGGUCUUGAUAAAACACAGUAGACCAAUAUCAACGGAUGACACCUUGGAUUCAGAGCCUCUCCAUUCUGCCUCCAGACUCUCUGACCUUUAUCUCCAAGAAAAAUGUUGAUACUCGUUUUGUUGAAAACUGUGGUUGGUUCUCUAUGCAACUGUGGUCGUGUCAGCUGAACUAGCCUGAGAGAUACGCAGUAUUCAAAUAUAAGUUCAAAAAAAAUUAUUUGUCCCCUGGGAUCAAUUGGAGGCACAUCAAGCAGCAAGUAGACGAUGUAAAAACGGACAAACAAUCAAGUAAAAUAAACAAUUUUAUAAGUAAUGUAAAAAUAAAAUAAUAAUAAAAUGAACAGAGAAAUAUUAAUAUAUAAAAAAUAUUUAGAAAUAUUUGUACCCUCUGAAUAGUGUUUUUUUAUUCUGAUAAACCCAAAUAUUCAGAUGUUUUGAAAUUUAAAUGAAAGCGUGUUUAUCAAAACUGAAAUUGAAAAAGUACUUUAAUAUUAUGAACUCGUAAAAACUUUGGGGUCAGGCUGUCCUGAAUUUUCAGAAGGACGCUCAGUGUGUCAGAAUGGCAGAGACUUGUUUGUAGUGUUCCCUUCUUGUUGCAUUUGCAUUUUAAAUCCUGUCAUCCCACUAGUGCUUCAAAAAGUAUUAUUCUUUUUUCAAUCUAAAUUGACCAUUGUCCCUAAGCCACUUAAUUCACUGUCAAGGUUAGGUGCAUGACUAUUAUAAUGUCAACAAGAUUAAAUUGUGCAUAUACAAGCAAUUACAGUUUGUGAGGCCUCGUGUUUACAUAGUGACUCAUUUGUUGAGGUCUUCUCAAAUGAACAGAAUUGAAGUGUUUCAUUUUCCUGUUCCCUCUGGCGCGUGUUUAUGUGUGUGCUUCGUGUGAAAUUAUGCUGAAAGACUUGUUUGCCUCGGGGCGUCUUCAGUCAGUCCAGCUGAGCAGAUGUCCUUUAAAUAAUCAUAAUGCUGACAAGAGAGAGCAGUUUGGUUAAAAAGAAAGAAGGGGAAAAGGAAAGGAGGAAAGGAAAGACUGUUGUCAGGGAGUGAAUAUAGAGUUAAAUAAUAACUUGAGCGUUGUAGAGACAAAGCUGUUGAACCCAAAGUAUAAAAGCAUGUAAAUUUGGGAUAUUUGGGUGGCAAGAACUGUCACGAUGGGACAUAAGUCUUCUAUAAAGACAGGCUGAUGAUGGAGGGAAGGGUCUGGUGAACUGGAAAGGAUACAUACAGUAAAUUGGUCAUUGGUUUAGCUUUUGUUACAAGGUAGAUGUAUUUUAUCUAAAAGUGCAGGUGUUUAUGAGCAUCACUAUUUCUGUGUUUCUCAGUUUAUUUGCUGCAAGUACACGUUUGGCAGCUUGCAUGUUGUAUGGCAAUAAACUACUCUGUGUGAGUGAAAGAAUGAAAUACAGAAAGAUUCAGUUUCUUUGAACAUCACAUGUUUUUAUUCAGCACAUUAUUAUUCAUUAGGACUAUUACUCCCCCUUCUGUGUGCGUGUCCCAGCUUACUGACAGCCAGGCUGGCAAUAAAAGAGUUGAAUUGGCAGACUACCUGAGUAAGCAUGCCUGUUUUCAGCAUAGACUGGACACCACCAAAAAACCCUGAUGUCAUUGCUAGCACAAAGUCUCCCCUCUCUGUGAGGACAGCUGGAGGCUGCCUGACUAAAGUGAGCGAUUAUUGCUACUUUUACUGCUACAUCAUGGGAUGUGGCUCGGCUGAGACACCCUGGUCUCUUUCUGUCCGCCCACUUAGUGAGGAUAGAAUUUAUAAAAAUCAAAGUUGAACAGACCAAGUGUGUGGUCUGUUUGCAUUUUAAAGGAGAGCACAUUAUAAGGAUGAAAAAAUUACUUGCCAUGUGUUGCUUAUUUAUCGAAAACAAUGAAAUGCACCGUUUCCAAAGAGUUUAUGCAACAUGCUUUGACUUAUAACAUUUACUCUCAGCUUUUCGACCAUAAAAGUCACAGAACCAGCAAGAAUACAAAGGAAGAGAGAGAGAAAUAGAAUUAAUUCUGGAGUGUGGACUAUCUGGUCUGUCAGAUGGGGCUGUUGCCUGAGUUCCCAUGCCUGGCUUGGGGGAUGAACAGAUGUCUUUUUGCAGAGAUGAGCUGGUGCAGGUGUUCCUAUUUGCAACCAAUAAUCUUUCCAGAUCACCAUUUGUGGGAAACGCAGAGAGAGGACAAGGGGCACAGAGAGAGAGAGAGAGGGAGAGAGAGAAGAGAGAGAGAGAGGGAGAGAGAGAGAGAGAGAGAGAGAGAGAGAGAGAGAGAGAGAGAGAGAGAGAGAGAGAGAGACGGGCAGGGGUAGUGUUUUCAUACCAACAGGUAUAAUGUAGCUGUGUGUGUUUUUCUGCACUUUGCUACAUGAUGCAAAAAUGUACUAACAAUUUAGACCUAUCUUUGGAUUAACUUCUGCUCUGUUGUUUGUCUUAUGAGCUUUAUGCUUUUGCUUGAUUCCAUAACUUUUUUUUUUUUUUUUACAAAGACAUGCACAAAAUACUAGUGCAUAUUCCUUUUGAAACUAAAGUUACAUAAAUCAGAGUAAUGAAGGUUAACAGAAUAUCAUUUUGAGAGAUGGAGGUUUGUUGUUUAUAAAGUUUGAGGAGCAGAAGUUGUUUGAUUUUUUUGUUGUCUUUUCAAUACACCUCCCACUAUAAACACAGUAAUACAUAUUUUCUAUAAAUACCUAAACUGAAACUUCAUUUGAAAUGCAAAGGAAAAUGGUGAUACGUUCAGGUAGCAGAGAUUCUCAACAAUAACAUACUAUACUGUUGAAAUAAAGCAGGAUAAGAUUUGUUAAUGAUGAGCACUACAUGUCAGGGACAAGGCCAGCAUGGGCAACAAUGUCCUCAUUGGACACUAAAACCACCUGGACCUAAGAGGUCCUUGCAGGAUCUUUAACUUUGAACUAACUCGAUUUUAGUUUGACUUGGCUUAACACUGAGUAUCAACACCUCUACACUAAACGAAGGGAUAUUGUAUAAUAGGCAGGUGGUUAUGUCAAUUUUCAAUUCCAGUUUUCCUACUUCUUGGAUUCUUAUUUUGCUUUUUAACCGGAUAUAACUAAAGCAAAAAAGUGUCAAAUCAAAAAUAAACUUAUCAUUAUAAAUAGUAAAUUAUAACUCUGUUUUAACCUUUAAAAACUAAAAUUUACAAUGAUAGUUAUGUUGAAAAAGAAAACUAGACUGCUUCCAGACUCUUCAUGUUGACAUCUAUGCUCUUAUUUAGCUUUUUGGGGACACAGUUGACUCAGCUUAAAAAAUAAAUGAGGCAAAUGUCAUUACUUUUGACCCUGUAGCUAUUGUCACUAUCCGUAAUGAUCGAAGUAACCUUGUAGCAAUCAGCAACUUUAAGAUAUACCCAACAGCUCUGCUUCUAUUGUCUGGGUUGUAGGACAGGAUCUAAUAUUAAAAAAAUACAAAAUGCAAAAUUGAUUGUUUUCAAAGGCUACAGUAAAUAAAUUGUUGUAUUGAAAUUCAAUCACAUACUGUUAAUCUUACUGUUUUUCUUCUCAUUUUUUUUAGUUGAACAGCCUCUACAGCCUGAAGAUUCACAGACUUCUACUCUACCGGUUGAUCAUCCAAUUCCCUCCAAAACUGAUGGCGAGCACAUCCUGCAGAGUGGAGACCCAGAUUUGUACUCUCAAACUGCUGCAACCAUCACUCCAACUGUUAGCUUUAUCAGUGAGGUCACAUUGCAGCCAAAGAGCCUAGAUGAAAAGGACGCCAGAGGUACCCAGGUUUCGAUGAAUGUGACAACUUUGGGAGCAAGUGAUGAAAUAACCACAAUAUUUGAUUAUAGUUUGACAAAUGUUUAUGUUGAUGGCUCCACACUUACAUCAACGGAAAGCCAGGAUGUUGAUGAAUAUGACACUAGCAUUACAAUUGUUGAAUCAACACCUCCUCACUUAGUCCCUGAGGUCAGUGAGCUGACAACAGGGGGCCCAACACAUACAGACAUAACCUCUGUAACAGCAUCAGUAGAGCAGGAUAUGGCUUCAUCAAAAACUACUUCCACAGAGGGGAUCAGUGAAAUCUCAGCUACCUCUGUUGACCCUCUUGUCAGAGUAACUCCAGCUGAGCCAGAGACAACCAAAGCUACCAAAGAAAGUCUGACAGUAAAGGCUGAGGAAACCACCACUGUCAUCAGCACAUCUGUACCAGGAGACACAGACGAGUCAGAGAGGACUUCCAUGAAUGUUAAAAGUGAGUCAGAGGUGACUCAGACAGAAACGUCUGAGUAUCAAUCUGUUACUUCUUCAACCAAACUUGACUCUGGCAGAGAUGAAGCUGAAACCACAGGAGAGACAAAGAGCACAUCUGCGACUCUGACAGCUGAAGAUAGAACUUUAUCUACAUUGCAGACUGUAUACCCUCCCUUCUCUGAUGACAGUGUUGGAGAAAUAUCAACAUCAACAACAAGUGACUCACAGAGCUCAACUCAGUUUGUGGAAGGAGGGACUGGGACCCGGGGCCCAAAAGAAUCUGCCUUCAGCACAAGAGCUUCUUUUGUACAAAGUGGGUCUUCCUCUCCUGAAACAAGUGAAGAGACAAAAGCUACUCCUGCUACGCACAAGGAAAGCACUGAAUCAUUCACAUCUAUAGCAUUUACCAAGUCUGAAACUUCACAUUCUACAGUCACAAGUAUGGAAGCAAGUACAGAAAGCCAAAUGCCUUCAAUCUCACAAACAGAAAAACUGCCAUAUGAUGCUAUGCCUACAACAAGGGAGGUGAGCUCAACUGUACAAACAUCCAACUUGAUUACUAGCCCACAAUCACAUACCUCUGGAGGAACUGAGAUAUCAAAAAAAGAUUUGGUUGCAACAGAUGAAGCAACGGAGCAGAUGAUGGUACAAUAUACUACUCUAAUUCCAUCAACUACAGAGCCUAAACAAGCAUCUGUUCAAACCCAAACAGAGUUGAAAGAAGAAGAUGAAACAUCUUCCAUCCAUGAUUCCAUUUCAACCACUGCUUCCCCCUUAUAUGGUGCUAUUGAUAUGUUAAAGACUACAAUAGCUUCAUUCACUAAAUAUUUAAGUGAUACUGCGAUUCACUAUACCAUGGCUCCUACAGCUUCCUCUGUGUUUACAACAGAUGGGACAACAACAAGUAAGACUGAAGAAACACUUACUGUAAAAAUGACAGGCUCAUCCUCAACACCAACAGAAAGAGAAGCAGAGGAGAGCUUGGGGAACCAUACAACAGAGGUCUCAAAAAAGGAGAGCAUGACUCCUACAGCUUCCUCAUUGUCAAGCACGGAGAUGCCAACAGCACUGCCUGUCACUGGUCAAGACAGCACUGCCAUUGAGGGUACAGAAGGUCCAUCAGGAACAUCAACUUCUGGGACAACAAGGACUAGUCCUUCAUUCAGUGGAUCAACAACAAAACCUGAGACUGCAUCUUUCUCUGUCACCUCGGGUUUUGAAGGUUCUGGAGACAGCACCUCCAGUAUCACAGAUGAGUCCCUUAUUCGAGCCUCUACUGUCCCUUUCACCUCAAGCACAGAGUCACCAUCAGUCACAGCAAGACAGGAGACUGACACAAGUGACACCUCUGGGACAGAUGCAACUGCUGCUUCCACACUUUACAGUACUGAAAAACCAACUGUAAUGUCAACUGAAAAAGAUGAGACUGCAACCACAAGCCAGACUGAGACAGUAUCUACCACACAAAGGACAAGCUUAUCCUCUACGACAGCAGAAACAAAAGCAGAGGUGAGCUCAGAGGAAAACACCACAGAGAUGUCCACAAAGGUGACCAUAGCUUCUACAGCCUCCUCAUUGUUAAGCACAGAGACACCAACAGCAUUGCCAGGCACUGGUCAAGAAAGUGCAGAAACAGGGGGUACAGAAGGUCCCUCAGUAACACCAAUUUCUGGGACCAUUAACCAAAGCUCCCUUUCCACUUCAACAGAUGAGGAUGGCUCAGAUGGAAAAACAUCUCCCAUUGCCACCACAGCUUCCCAUGUCACAACUAAGUUGUCACUCUCAAGCACUGAAUCUACUAAAAUAUCAUCACCUGGGUCAUCUUCUGUUACUUAUGAUGAUGAGAAAAGAAGCUUCAGUGAUGGGACUACAACAAUGCAGAUCAGUCUGUCAUUCACUGAAUCAACCACAAAACCCGAAGCUGUAUCUUCUUCUGUCACCACUGGUUUAAAAGAUUCUGUAGACAUAUCAGAUAUCACGGAUGAGUCCCUUAUUCCAGCCUCUACUGUCCCCUUCACCUCAAGCUCAGAGUCACCAUCAGUCACAGCAAGACAGGAGACUGAAACAAGUGAGUCUUCUGGGACAGCUGUAACUGCUGCUUCCACACUUUACAGUACUGAAAAACCAACUGCAAUGUCAACGGAAAUACAUGAGACUGUAACCACAAGCCAGACUGAGACAGUAUCUAGCACACAAAGGACAAGCUCAUCCUCGACAGCAACAGUUACAAAAGGAGAGGAGAGCUCAGGGGAACAGACAACUGAUGUGUCCACUAAGGUGAACGUGGCCUCUACAUCCUCCUCAUCAUUAAGCACAGAGACACCAACAGCACUGCCAGGCACUGGUCAAGAAAGCACAUCAACAGAGAUUACAGAAGGUCCCUCGGUCACACCAAUUUCUGGUGAAAUAGGGACCAGUCCUUCAUUAAGUGAAUCAACAACAAAACCUGAUACUGAAACUUCCUUUGUCACCACCAUGGUUGAGGGUUCUGGAGACAGCACUUCAGAUGUCACGGAUGAGUUGCUUAUAACAGCCACUACUGUCCCUUUCACCUCAACCUCAGAGUCACCAUCAGUCACAGCAUCACACGGGACUGAAAUUAGUAGGACAUCUGGGACAGCUGCAACUGCUGCUUCGUCACUAAGCAGUACUGAGAAACCGACUGCAAUGUCAACUGAAAAAGAUGAAACUGCAACCACAAGCAAGACUGAGAGAAUAUCUACCACACAAAGGACAAGCACAUCCUCAACAGAAACAGAAACAGAAACAAAAGCAGAGGUGAGCUCAGAGGAACACACAACUGAGGUGUCCACAAAGGUUACCAUGGCUUCUACAGCCUCUUCGUUAUUAAGCACAGAGACACCAACAGCAGUGCCAGGCACUGAACAAGACAGCACAUCAACAGAGAGUACGGAAGGUCCCUCAGUAACACCAAUUUCUGGUACCAUUAAGCAAAGCUCCAUUUUUACUCCAACAGAUGAGGAUGGCUUAGUUUUAAAAACAGAGGAAAUUUUCACUACAACUUCCCAAGCUACAGCUAAAUUGUUACUCUCAAGCACUGAAUCUACUCAAACAACAUCACCUGUGUCAUCCUCUGUUGUUUAUGAUGAUGAGAAAAGAAGUUUCAGUGAUGAAACUACAACGAUAAAGACCAGCACAUCAUUUAGUGAAACAGUGACAAAACCUGAGACUGCAUCCUUCCCUCUAUCAACGGGUUUCGAGGGGUCUGGAGAUAGCAGUUCAGUUUUCACUGAUGAGUCUCUUAUACCAGCCACUACUGUCCCUUUCACCUCAAGCACAGAGUCACCAUCAGUCACAGCAUCGCAUGAGACUAUAACAAGUGAGACUUCUGAGACAGCUGUAACUGCUGCUUCCUCACCUUAUAGUACUGAGAAACCGACUGCAAUGUCAACUAAGCUAGAUGAGACUGCAACCACAAGCCAGACUGAGAGAGUACCUACCACACAAAGGACAAGCUCAUCCUCAACAGAAACAGAAACAAAAGAAGAGAGAAGUUCAGUAACACAGACAACAGAGGUGUCCACAAAGGUGACCAUAGCUUCUUCAGCCUCCUCAUUAUUAAGCGCAGAGACACCAAGCGCACUGCCAGUCACAAGUGAAGAAAGUGCUGCAACAGUAGUCACAGAAGGUCCCUCAGUAGAAUCAAUUUCUGGAACAACAGGGACCAGUACUUCAUUCAGUACAUCAACAACAAAACCUGAAACUACAUCUUUCUUUGUUACCACCAUGGUUGAGGGUUCUGGAGAUAGCACUUCAGAUGUCACAGAUGAGUCCAUUAUCCCAGGCACUACUGUCCCUUUCACCUCAACCCCUGAGUCACCCUCAGUCACAGCAAAACAGGAGACUGACCUAAGUGAGACUUCUGGGACGGAUGCAACUGCUGCUUCGUCACUCUACAGUACUGAGAAACCCACUGUAAUGUCAACUGUAACAGGUGAGACUGCAACCACAAGCAAGACUGAGAGAAUAUCUACCACACAAAGGACAAGCUCAUCAUCAACAGAAACAACAGCAGAGGUGAGCUCAGAGGAACAAACAACAGAGAUGUCCACCAAGGUGACUGUGACCUCUACAGCCUCCUCAUUAUUAAGCACAGAGACACCAACAGCACUGCCAGUCACUGAACAAGAAAGCACGUCAACAGAGAUUACAGAAGGUCCCUCAGGAGCACCAAUUUCUGGUGAAAUAGAGACCAGUCCUUCGUUAAGUGAAUCAACCACAAUACCUGAAACUGCAUCUUCCUUUGUCACCACCAUGGUUGAGGGUUCUGGAGACAGCACUUCAGAUGUCACGGAUGAGUCGCUUAUAACAGCCACUACUGUCCCUUUCACCUCAAGCUCAAAGUCACCAUCAGUUACAGCAUCACACGGGACUCAAAUUAGUGAGACGUCUGGGACAGCUGCAACUGCUGCUUCGUCACUAAGCAGUACUGAGAAACCGACUGCAAUGUCAACUGAAAAAGAUGAAACUGCAACCACAAGCCAGACUGAAACAGUAUCUAGCACACAAAGGACAAGCUCAUCCUCAACAGAAACAGAAACAAAAGCAGAGGAGAGCUCAGUGGAACAUACAACUGAGGUGUCCACAAAGGUGACCUUGGCUUCUACAGCCUCCUCAUUAUUAAGCACAGAGACACUAACAGCACUGCCAGUCACUGAACAAGAAAGCACAUCAACAGAAAUGACUGAGGGUCUCUCAGUAACGCCACAUUCUGGGACAACAGGGACCAGUCCUUCAUUAAGUAAAUCAACAACAAAACCUGAGACUGCAUCUUUCUUUGUCACCACCAUGGUUGAGGGUUCGGGAGACAGCACUUCAAAUGUCACAGAUGAGUCCAUUAUCCCAGCCACUACUGUCCUUUUCACCUUAAGCACAGAGUCACCAUCAGUCACAGCAAGACAGGAGACUGAAACAAGUGAGACUUCUGGGACAGCUGUAACUGCUGCUUCCUCACUUUACAGUACUGAGAAACCAACUGCAAUGUCAACUGAACCAGAUGAAACUGCAACCACAAGCAAGACUGAGAGAAUAUCUACCACACAAAGGACAAGCUCAUCCUCAACAGAAACAGAAACAAAAGCAGAGGUGAGCUCAGUAGAACACACAACUGAGGUGUCAACAAAGGUGACCUUGGCUUCUACAGCCUCUUCGUUGUUAAGCACAGAGACACCAACAGCACUGCAAGGCACUGGACAAGACAGCACAUCAACAGAGAGUACAGAAGGUCCCUCAGUAACACCAAUUUCUGGUACCAUUAAGCAAAGCUCCAUUUUCACUCCAACAGAUGAGGAUGGCUUAGUUUUAAAAACAGAGGAAAUGUUCACUACAACCUCCCAAGCUACAGCUAAAUUGUUACUCUCAAGCACUGAAUCUACUCAAACAACAUCACCUGUGUCAUCCUCUGUUGUUUAUGAUGAUGAGAAAAGAAGUUUCAGUGAUGAAACUACAACAAUAAAGACCAGCACGUCAUUUAGUGAAUCAGUGACAAAACCUGAGACUGCAUCCUUCCCUGUAUCAACGGGUUUCGAGGGUUCUGGAGAUAGCAGUUCAGUUUUCACUGAUGAGUCUCUUAUACCAGCCACUACUGUCCCUUUCACCUCAACCCCUGAGUCACCAUCAGUCACAGCAUCGCAUGUGAUGGACACAAGUGAGACCUCUGGGACAGCUGUAACUGCUGCUUCCCCACUUUAUAGUACUGAGAAACCGACUGCAAUGUCAACUAAGCUAGAUGAAACUGCAACCACAAUCCAGACUGAGAGAAUAUCUUCCACACAAAGGACAAGCUCAUCCUCAACAGUAAUUGAAAGAGAAACUGAGAGAAGCUCAGUGGAACACAUAACAGAGAUGUCCACCAAGGUGACCAUUGCUUCUACAGCCUCCUCAUUAUUAAGUACAGAGACACCAACAGCACUGCCAGUCACUGAACAAGAAAGCACAUCAACAGAAAUCAAAGAGAGUCCCUCAGCAUCACCCUCAUCUGGGACAGUAAGGUCUAGUCCUGUAUUAGAUGAAUCAGCCACAAAAACUGAAGCUGCAUCUUUCUCCGAGAUCACCACCUUUGAGGGUUCUGGAGACAGUAGUUCACAUAUGACUGAUGAGUCCCUUAUAUCAGUCACUACUGUCCUUUUCACCUCAAGCACAGAGUUGCCUUCGGUAACAGCAAAACAGGAGACUGACACAAGUGAGACUUCUAGGACAGAUGCAACUGCUGCUUUGUCACUCUACAGUACUGAGAAACCAACUGCAAUGUCAACUGUAACUGGUGAGACUGCAACCACAAGCAAGACUGAGAGAAUAUCUACCACACAAAGGACAAGCUUAUCCUCAACAGAAACAGAAACAAAAACAGAGGUCAGCUCAGAGGAACACAAAACUGAGGUGUCAACAAAGGUGACCUUGGCUUCUACAGCCUCUUCAUUGUUAAGCACAGAGACACCAACAGCACUGCCAGUCACUGAACAAGAUAGCACUGCAAUACAGGUCACAGAAAGUCCCUCAGUAACACCAAUUUCUGGUACCAUUAAGCAAAGCUCCAUUUUCACUCCAACAGAUGAGGACGGCUUAAUUUUAAAAACAGAGGAAAUGUUCACUACAACUUCCCAAGCUACAGCUAAAUUGUUACUCUCAAGCACUGAAGCUUCUACAACAACAUCACCUGUGUCAUCCGCUGUUGUUUAUGAUGAUGAGAAAAGAAGUUUCAGUGAUGAAAUUACAACAAUAAAGACCAGCACAUCAUUUAGUGAAUCAGUGACAAAACCUGAGACUGCAUCCUUCCCUGUAUCAACUGGUUUUGAGGGGUCUGGAGAUAGCAGUUCAGUUUUCACUGAUGAGUCUCUUAUACCAGCCACUACUGUCACCUCAAGCACAGAGUCACCAUCAGUUACAGCAUCGCAUGUGACUGAAAUAAGUGAGACUUCUGGGACAGCUGUAACUGCUGCUUCCUCACUUUACAGUACUGAGAAACCAACUGCAAUGUCAACUAAGCUAGAUGAGACUGCAACCACAAGCCAUACUGAGAGAAUAUCUACCACACAAAGGUCAAGCUUAUCCCCCUCCACAGAAACAAAAGCAGAGGAGAGCUCAGUGGAACAUACAACAGAGAUGUCCACCAAGGUGACCAUAGCUUCUACAGCCUCCUCAUUAUUAAGCACAGAGACACCAACAGCACUGCCAGUCACUGAACAAGAAAGCACAUCAACAGAGAUUACAGAAGGUCCCUCAGGAGCACCAAUUUCUGGUGAAAUAGAGACCAGUCCUUCGUUAAGUGAAUCAACCACAAAACCUGAAACUGCAUCUUUCUUUGUCACCACCAUGUUUGAGGGUUCUGGAGACAGCACUUCAGAUGUCACGGAUAAGUCCAUUAUCCCAGGCACUACUGUCCUUUUCACCACAAGCACAGAGUUGCCUUCAGUCACAGAAAAACAGGAGACUGACACAAGUGAGACUUCUGGGACAGAAGCAACUGCUGCUUCCUCACUUUACAGUACUGAGAAACCAACUGCAAUGUCAACUAAGCUAGAUGAGACUGCAACCACAAGCCAAACUGAGAGAGUAUCUACCACACAAAGGACAAGUUUAUCCUCAACAGAAACAACAGCAGAGGUGAGCUCAGAGGAACAAACAACAGAGAUGUCCACAAAGGUGACCAUAGCUUCUACAGCCUCCUCAUUAUUAAGCACAGAGACACUAAGCACACUGCCAGUCAGAAGUCAAGAAAGUGCUGCAACAGGGGUCACAGAAGGUCCUUUAGUAACACCAAUUUCUGGGACCAUUAAGCAAAGCUCCAUUUUUACUCCAACAGAUGAGGAUGGCUUAGUUUUAAAAACAGAGGAAAUGUUCACUACAACUUCCCAAGCUACAGCUAAAUUGUUACUCUCAAGCACUGAAUCUACUCAAACAACAUCACCUGUGUCAUCCUCUGUUGUUUAUGAUGAUGAGAAAAGAAGUUUCAGUGAUGAAACUACAACAAUAAAGACCAGCACGUCAUUUAGUGAAACAGUGACAAAACCUGAGACUGCAUCCUUCCCCGUGUCAACUGUAUUUGAGGGGUCUGGAGAUAGCAGUUCAGUUUUCACUGAUGAGUCUCUUAUACCAGCCACUACUGUCCCUUUCACCUCAACCCCUGAGUCACCAUCAGUCACAGCAUCGCAUGUGAUGGACACAAGUGAGACUUCUGGGACAGCUGUAACUGUUGCUUCCUCACUCUACAGUACUGAGAAACCAACUGCAAUGUCAACUGAAAAAGAUGAAACUGCAACCACAAGCAAGACUGAGAGAAUAUCUACCACACCAAGGACAAGCUCAUCUUCAACAGAAACAGAAAGAGAACCUGAGAGAAGCUCAGUGGAACACACAACAGAGAUGUCCACCAAGGUGACCAUAGCUUCUACAGCCUCCUCAUUAUUAAGUACAGAGACACCAACAGCACUGCCAGUCACUGAACAAGUCAGCACAUCAACAGAAAUGACUGAGGGUCCCUCAGUAACACCACAUUCUGGGACAACAGGGACCAGUCCUUCAUUAAGUAAAUCAACAACAAAACCUGAGACUGCAUCUUUCUUUGUCACCCCCAUGGUUGAGGGUUCUGGAGACAGCACUUCAGAUGUCACUGAUGAGUCCAUUAUCCCAAGCACUACUUUCCCCUUUACCUCAAGCACAGAGUCACCUUCGGUCACAGUAAAACAGGAGACUGACCUAAGUGAGACUUCUGGGACGGAUGCAACUGCUGCUUCAUCACUCUACAGUACUGAGAAAACCACUGCAAUGUCAACUAAGCUAGAUGAGACUGCAAGCACAAACCAGACUGAGAGAGUAUCUGUUACACAAAGGACAAGUUUAUCCUCAACAGAAACAACAGCAGAGGUAAGUUCAGAGGAACAAAAAACAGAGAUGUCCACCAAGGUGACUGUGACCUCUACAGCCUCCUCAUUAUUGAGCACAGAGACACCAACAGCACUGCCAGUCACUGAACAAGAAAGCACAUCAACAGAGAUUACAGAAGGUCCCUCAGGAGCACCAAUUUCUGGUGAAAUAGAGACCAGUCCUUCAUUAGGUGAAUCAACCUCAACACCUGAAACUGCAUCUUCCUUUGUCACCACCAUGUUUGAGGGUUCUGGAGACAGCACUUCAGAUGUCACGGAUGAGUCGCUUAUAACAGCCACUACUGUCCCUUUCACCUCAAGCUCAAAGUCACCAUCAGUUACAGCAUUACACGGGACUGAAAUUAGUGAGACGUCUGGGACAGCUGCAACUGCUGCUUCAUCACUAAGCAGUACUGAGAAACCGACUGCGAGGUCAACUGAAAAAGAUGAAACUGCAACCACAAUCCAGACUAAGACAGUAUCUAGCACACAAAGGACAAGCUCAUCCUCAACAGAAACAGAAACAAAAGCAGAGGUCAGCUCAGAGGAACACAAAACUGAGGUGUCAACAAGGGUGACCUUGGCUUCUACAGCUUCUUCAUUGUUAAGCACAGAGACACCAACAGCACUGCCAUUCACUGAACAAGAAAGCACAUCAACAGGGAUUACGGAAGGUCACUCAGUAACACCAAUAUCUGGUGAAAUAGAGACCAGUCCUUCAUUCAGUACAUCAACAACAAAACCUGAGACUGCAUCUUUCUUUGUCACCACCAUGUUUGAGGGUUCUGGAGACAGCACUUCAGAUUUCACCGAUGAGUCCCUUAUAUCAGCCACUACUUUCCCUGACAUUUUAAGCAAAGUUUCACCAUCGGUUGCAGCAUUGCAUGACGCUGAGACAAGUGAGACUUCUGGGACAGCUGUAACUGCUGCUUCCUCACUUUACAGUACUGAAAACCCAACUGUAAUGUCAACUGAAAAGGAUGAGACUGCAACCACAAGCCAGACUGAGAUAGUAUCUACCACACAAAGGACAAGCUCAUCCUCAACAGAAACAGAAACAAAAGCAGAGGUGAGCUCAGAGGAACACAGAACUGAGGUGUCCAUAAUGGUUACCAUGGCUUCAACAGCCUCUUCGUUAUUAAGCACAGAGACACCAACAGCAGUGCCAGGCACUGGACAAGACAGCACAUCAACAGAGAGUACGGAAGGUCCCCCAGUAACACCAAUUUCUGGGACCAUUAAGCAAAGCUCCAUUUUCACUCCAACAGAUGAUGAUGGCUUAAUUUUGAAAACAGAGGAAAUGUUCACUACAACUUCCCAAGCUACAGCUAAAUUGUUACUCUCAAGCACUGAAUCUACUCAAACAACAUCACCUGUGUCAUCCUCUGUUGUUUAUGAUGAUGAGAAAAGAAGUUUCAGUGAUGAAACUACAACAAUAAAGACCAGCACGUCAUUGAGUGAAUCAGUGACAAAACCUGAGACUGCAUCCUUCCCUGUAUCAACGGGUUUCGAGGGGUCUGGAGAUAGCAGUUCAGUUUUCACUGAUGAGUCUCUUAUACCAGCCACUACUGUCCCUUUCACCUCAAGCACAGAGUCGCCUUCAGUCACAGCAAAACAGGAGACUGACACAAGUGAGACUUCUAGGACAGAUGCAACUGCUGCUACCUCACUCUACAGUACUGAGAAACCCAGUGCAAUGUCAACUAAGCUAGAUGAGACUGCACCCACAAGCCAGACUGAGAGAGUAUCUGUUACACAAAGGACAAGUUUAUCCUCAACAGAAACAACAGCAGAGGUAAGCUCAGAGGAACAAACAACAGAGAUGUCCACCAAGGUGACUGUGACCUCUACAGCCUCCUCAUUAUUGAGCACAGAGACACCAACAGCACUGCCAGUCACUGAACAAGAAAGCACAUCAACAGAGAUUACAGAAGGUCCCUCAGGAGCACCAAUUUCUGGUGAAAUAGAGACCAGUCCUUCAUUUAGUGAAUCAACCACAAUACCAGAUACUGCAUCUUCCUUUGUCACCACCAUGUUUGAGGGUUCUGGAGACAGCACUUCAGAUGUCACGGAUGAGUCGCUUAUAACAGCCACUACUGUCCCUUUCACCUCAACCCCAAGGUCACCAUCAGUCACAGCAUCACACAGGACUGAAAUUAGUGAGACGUCUGGGACAGCUGCAACUGCUGCUUCGUCACUUAGCAGUACUGAGAAACCGACUGCGAGGUCAACUGAAAAAGAUGAAACUGCAACCACAAUCCAGACUAAGACAGUAUCUAGCACACAAAGGACAAGCUCAUCCUCAACAGAAACAGAAAGAGAAGCAGAGGAGAGCUCAGUGGAACAUACAACUGAGGUGUCCACAAAGGUGACCAUGGCUUCUACAGCCUCCUCAUUAUUAAGCACAGAGACACCAACAGCACUGCCAGUCACUGAACAAGAAAGCACAUCAACAGAGAUUACAGAAGGUCCCUCGGUAACACCAAUUUCUGGGACAACAGGGACCAGUCCUUCAUUCAGUAAAUCAACAACAAAACCUGAGACUGCAUCUUUCUUUGUCACCACCAUGUUUGAGGGUUCUGGAGACAGCACUUCAGAUGUCACGGAUGAGUCCCUUAUAUCAGCCACUACUUUCCCUGACAUUUCAAGCAAAGUUUCACCAUCGGUUGCAGCAUUGCAUGAGGCUGAGACAAGUGAGACUUCUGGGACAGCUGUAACUGCUGCUUCCUCACUUUACAGUACUGAGAAACCAACUGCAAUGUCAACUGAAAAAGAUGAAACUGCAACCACAAGCAAUACUGAGAGAAUAUCUACCACACAAAGGACAAGCUCAUCAUCAACAGAAACAGAAACAAAAGCAGAGGUGAGCUCAGAGGAACACACAACUGAGGUGUCCAUAAAGGUUACCAUGGCUUCUACUGCCUCUUCGUUGUUAAGCACAGAGACACCAACAGCAGUGCCAGGCACUGAACAAGACAGCACAUCAACAGAGAGUACAGAAGGUCCCUCAGUAACACCAAUUUCUGGGACCAUUAAGCAAAGCUCCAUUUUCACUCCAACAGAUGAUGAUGGCUUAAUUUUAAAAACAGAGGAAAUGUUCAUUACAACUUCCCAAGCUACAGCUAAAUUGUUACUCUCAAGCACUGAAUCUACUCAAACAACAUCACCUGUGUCAUCCUCUGUUGUUUAUGAUGAUGAGAAAAGAAGUUUCAGUGAUGAAACUACAACAAUAAAGACCAGCACGUCAUUUAGUGAAUCAGUGACAAAACCUGAGACUGCAUCCUUCCCUGUGUCAACUGGUUUCGAGGGGUCUGGAGAUAGCAGUUCAGUUUUCACUGAUGAGUCUCUUAUACCAGCCACUACUGUCCCUUUCACCUCAAGCACAGAGUCACCAUCAGUCACAGCAUCGCAGGAGACUGAAACAAGUGAGACUUCCAGGACAGAUGCAACUGCUGCUUCGGCACUCUACAGUACUGAGAAACCCACUGCAAUGUCAACUAAGCUAGAUGAGACUGCACCCACAAGCCAGACUGAGAGAGUAUCUGUUACACAAAGGACAAGCUCAACCUCAACAGAAACAGAAACAACAGCAGAGGUGAGCUCAGAGAAACAAACAACAGAGAUGUCCACCAAGGUGACUGUGACCUCUACAGCCUCCUCAUUACUAAGCACAGAGACACCAACAGCACUGCCAUUCACUGAACAAGAAAGCACAUCAACAGAGAGUACAGAAGGUCACUCAGUAACACCAAUUUCUGGGACAACAGGAACCAGUACUUCAUUCAGUAAAUCAACAACAAAACCUGUAACUUCAUCUUUCGUUGUCACCACCAUGUUUGAGGGUUCUGGAGACAGCACUUCAGAUGUCACAGAUGAGUCCAUUAUCCCAGGCACUACUGUCCUUUUCACCUCAAGCACAGAGUCACCAUCAGUCACAGCAAGACAGGAGACUGACACAAGUGAGACUUCUGGGACAGCUGUAACUGCUGCUUCCUCACUUUACAGUACUGAGAAACCAACUGCAAUGUCAACUGAAAAAGAUGAAACUGCAACCACAAGCCAGACUGAGACAGGUCCCUCAGUAACACCAAUUUCUGGGACCAUUAACCAAAGCUCCCUUUCCACUUCAACAGAUGAGGAUGGCUUAGUUUUGGAAACAGAGGAAAUGUUCACUACAGUUUCCCCUGCAACUUCUAAGGUGUUACUCUCAAGCACUGAAGCUCCUACAACAACAGCACCUGUGUCAUCCUCUGUUGUUUAUGAUGAUGAGAAAAGAAGUUUCAGUGAUGAAACUACAACGAUAAAGACCAGCACGUCAUUUAGUGAAUCAACAAAACCUGAAACUGCAUCUUUCCCUGUAUCAACUGGUUUUGAGGGGUCUGGAGAUAGCAGUUCAGUUUUCACAGAUGAGUCUCUUAUACCAGCCACUACUGUCCCUUUCACCUCAAGCACAGAGUCACCAUCAGUCACAGCAUCACACGGGACUGAAAUUAGAGAGACGUCCGUGACAGAUGCAACUGCUGCUUCCUUACUUUAUAAUACUGAGAAACCGACUGCAAUGUCAACGGAAACACAUGAGACUGCAACCACAAGCAAGACUGAGAGAGUAUCUGUUACACCAAGGACAAGCUCAUCCUCAACAGAAACAGAAACAAAAGCAGAGGUGAGCUCAGAGGAACAAACAACAGAGGUGUCCACCAAGGUGACCAUAGCUUCCACAGCCUCCUCAUUAUUAAGCACAGAGACGCCAACAGCACUGCCACUCACUGAAAAAGAAAGUACAUCAACAGAGGGUACGGAAGGUCCCUCAGGAGCACCAAUUUCUGGGACAGUGGGGACCAGUCCUUUAUUUAGUAAAUCAACAACAAAACCUGAAGCUGUAUCCUUCUUUGUCACCACCAUGGUUGAGGGUUCUGGAGACAGCACUUCAGAUAUCACAAAUGAGUCCCUUGUAUCAGCCACUACAGUCCCUGACAUUUCAAGCAAAGUUUCACCAUCGGUUGCAGCAUUGCAUGAGGCUGAAACAAGUGAGACUUCUGGGACAGAUGCAACCGCUGCUUCCUCACUUUACAGUACUGAGAAACCAACUGCAAUGUCAACUGUAACAGAUGAGACUGCAACGACAAGCCAGACUAAAACAGUAUCUACCACACAAAGGACAAGCUCAUCCUCAACAGCAACAGAAAGAGAAGCAGAGGAGAGCUCAGUUGAACAUACAACUGAUGUGUCCACAAAGGUGACCGUGGCCUCUACAUCCUCCUCAUUAUUAAGCACAGAGACAGCACUGCCAGUCACUGAACAAGAAAGCACAUCAACAGAGAUUACAGAAGGUCCCUCAGGAGCACCAAUUUCUGGUACAACAGAUACCAGUACUUCAUUCAGUAAAGCAACAACAAAACCUGUAACUACAUCCUUCUUUGUCACCACCAUGGUUGAGGGAUCUGGAGACAGCACUUCGGAUGUCACUGAUGAGUCCAUUAUCCCAGGAACUACUGUCUCUUUCACCUCCAGCACAGAGUCGCCAUCAGUAACAGCAAAACAGGAGACUGAAACAAGUGAGACUUCUAGGACAGCUGCAACUGCUGCUUCGUCACUCUACAGUACUGAGAAACCAACUGCAAUGUCAACUGAGCUAGAUGAGACUGCAAGCACAAGCCAGACUGAGAGAGUAUCUGUUACACCAAGGACAAGCUCAUCCUCAACAGAAACAGAAACAACAGCAGAAGUGAGCUCAGAGGAACAAACAACAGAGAUGUCCACCAAGGUGACUGUGACCUCUACAGCCUCCUCAUUACUAAGCACAGAGACACCAACAGCACUGCCAGUCACUGAACAAGACAGCACAUCAACAGGGAGUACAGAGGGUCCCUCAGUAACACCAAUUUCUGGGACCAUUAACCAAAGCUCCCUUUCCACUUCAACAGAUGAGGAUGGCUUAGUUUUGGAAACAGAGGAAAUGUUCACUACAGUUUCCCCUGCAACUUCUAAGGUGUUACUCUCAAGCACUGAAGCUCCUACAACAACAUCACCUGUGUCAUCCUCUGUUGUUUAUGAUGAUGAGAAAAGAAGUUUCAGUGAUGAAACUACAACGAUAAAGACCAGCACGUCAUUUAGUGAAUCAACAAAACCUGAAACUGCAUCUUUCCCUGUAUCAACUGGUUUUGAGGGGUCUGGAGAUAGCAGUUCAGUUUUCACAGAUGAGUCUCUUAUACCAGCCACUACUGUCCCUUUCACCUCAAGCACAGAGUCACCAUCAGUCACAGCAUCACAGGAGACUGAAACAAGUGAGUCUUCUGGGACAACUGCAACUGCUGCCUCCUCACUUCACAGCACUGAGAAACCCACUGCAAUGUCAACAGAAACAGAUGACACUGCAACCACAAGCCAGUCUGAGGAUGUAUCUGCCACACAAAGGACAAGCUCAUCCCCCUCCACAGAAACAAAAGCAGAGGAGAGCUCAGUGGAAAUGACAACUGAGGUGUCCACAAAGGUGACCAUAGCUUCUACAGCCUCCUCAUUAUUAAGUACAGAGACACCAACAGCACUGCCACUCACUGAACAAGUCAGCACAUCAACAGAAAUUAAAGAGAGUCCCUCAGCAUCACCCUCAUCUGGGACAGUAAGGUCUAGUCCUUUAUUAGGUGAAACAGCCACAAAAACUGAAGCUGCAUCUUUCUCCGAGAUCACCACCUUUGAGGGUUCUGGAGACAGUAGUUCACAUAUGACUGAUGAGUCCCUUAUAUCAGUCACUACUGUCCCUUUCACCUCAAGCACAAAGUCACCAUCAGUCACAGCAAUGCAUGAGACUGGCACAAGUGAGACUUCUGGGACAGCUGCAACAGCUUCUUCCUCACUUUACAUUACUCAGAAACCAACUGCAACGUCAACUGAAACAGAUGAAACUCUAACCACAAGCCAGAGUGAGAGGAUAUCUUCCACACAAAGGACAAGCUCACCCUCAAUAGCAACAGAUACAAAAGUAGAGGAGAGCUCAGGGGAACAGACAACUGAGGUGUCCACAAAGGUAACCAUGGACUCUACAGCCUCCGCAUUAUUAAGCACAGAGACACCAACAGCACUGCCAAUCACUAAACAAGACAUCAUUGCAACAGAGAGUACAGAAGGUCCCUCAAUUACAUUCACUUCUAUGACUGUCAAGCCAAGCUCCCUUUUCAGUCCAACAGAUGAGAAUGGCUCAGUUCACGAAACAGAGGCCAUGGUCACUCCAACCUCCCAUGCAACAGCUAAAUCAUCACUCUUGAGCACUGAAGCUCCUACAACAACACCUUAUGUGUCAUCCUCUGUUGGUUAUGAUGACGAAAAAAGAAGUUUCAGUGAUGAAACUACAACAAUAAAGACCAGCACGUCAUUUAGUGAAUCAGUGACAAAACCUGAGACUGCAUCCUUCCCUGUAUCAACUGGUUUUGAGGGGUCUGGAGAUAGCAGUUCAGUUUUCACUGAUGAGUCCCUUAUACCAGUCACUACUUUCCCUGUCACCUCAAGCACAGAGUCACCAUCAGUCACAGCAUCACAGGAGACUGACACAAGUGAGACCUCUGGGACAGUUGCCACUGCCACUUUGUCAAUUCACAGCACUGGAAAACCAACUGCAGUGUCAAUGAAAACAGAUGAGACUGCAACCACAAGCCAGUCUGAGAAAGUAUCUACCACUCAAAGGACAAGCACAUCCUCAACAGCAACAAAAGCAGAGGAGAGCUCAGGGGAAAUGACAACUAAGGUGUCUACAAAGGUGACCAUGGCUUCAACAGCCUCCUCACUAUUAAGCACAGAGACACCAACAGCAAUGCCACUCACUGAACAAGAUAGCACUGCCACAGUGGGAACAGAGGGUCCCUCAGUAACUCCCUUAUCUGGGACAACAGAGUCUAGUCCUUUAUUCAGUGAAUCAACAGAAAAAACUCUAACUACAUCUUUCUUUGUCACCUCCAUGGUUGAGGUUUCUGGAGACAGCACUUCAGAUGUCACAGAUGAGUACCUUAUAUCAGCCACUACAGUCCCUGACAUUCCAAGCAAAGUUUCACCAUCGGUUGCAGCAUUGCAUGAGUCUGAGACAAGUGAGACUUCUGGGACAGCUGUAACUGCUGCUUCCUCACUCUAUAGUACUGAGAAACCCACUGCAAUGUCAACUGAAACAGAUGAAAUUGCAACCACAAGCCAGACUGAGAGAAUAUCUACCACACAAAAGACAAGCUCAUCCUCAACAGAAACGGAAACAAAAGCAGAGCUGAGCUCAGAGGAACAAACAACAGAGGUGUCCACCAAGGUGACUUUGACCUCUACAGCCUCAUCAUUAUUAAGCACAGAGACACCAACAGCACUGCCAGUCACUGAACAAGAAAGCACAUCAACAGAGAUUACAGAAGGUCCCUCAGGAGCACCAAUUUCUGGUACAACAGAUACCAGUACUUCAUUCAGUAAACCAACAACAAAACCUGAAACUGCAUCCUUCUUUGUCACCACCAUGGUUGAGGGUUCUGGAGACAGCACUUCAGAUUUCACUGAUGAGUCCAUUAUCCCAGGCACUACUGUCCCUUUCACCUCCAGCACAGAGUCACCAUCAGUCACAGCAAGACAGGAGACUGACACAAGUGAGACUUCUGGGACAGCUGUAACUGCUGCUUCCUCACUCUACAGUACUGAGAAACCAACUGCAAUGUCAACUGAGAAAGAUGAAACUGCAACCACAAGCCAGACUGAGAGAAUAUCUACCACUCAAAGGACAAGCACAUCCUCAACAGAAACAAAAACAAAAGCAGAGGAGAGUUCAGGGGAAAUGACAACUGAGGUUUCCACAAAGGUGACCAUUGCUUCCACAGCCUCCUCACUAUUAAGAACAGAGACACCAACAGCACUGCCAAUCACUAAACAAGAAAGCCCAUCAACAGAGAUUACAGAAGGUCCCUCAGGAGCACCAAUUUCCGUUGAAAUAGAGACCAGUCCUUCAUUAAGUGAAUCAACCACAAAACCUGAAACUGCAUCUUUCUUUGUCACCACCAUGUUUGAGGGUUCUGGAGACAGCACUUCAGAUAUCACAGAUAAGUCCAUUAUCCCAGGCGCUACUGUCCCAUUCACCUCAAGCACAGAGUUGCCAUCAGUCACAGCAUCACACGGGACUAUAACAAGUGAGACGUCUAGGACAGUUGCCACUGCUGCUUCCUCACUUUACAGUACUGAGAAACCCACUGCAACGUCGACAGAAACACAUGACACUGCAACAUCAAGCCAGUCUGAGAAAGUAUCUAGCACACAAAGGACAAGCUCAUCCCCCUCCACAGAAACAAAAGCAGAGGAGAGCUCAGUGGAAAUGACAACAGAGGUUUCCACAAAGGUAACCAUGGCCUCUACAGCCUCUUCAUUAUUAAGCACAGAGACACCAACAGCACUGCCAGUCACUGAACAAGAAAGCACUGCCACAGUGGGAACAGAAGGUCCCUCAGUAACACCAAUUUCUAUGACAAGUCAAUCAGCAACAAAACCCAUUACUGCAUCUGUCUUUGUUACCACCAUGGUCGAGGGUUCUGGAGACAGCACUUCAGAUGUCACGGAUAUGUCUAUUAUCCCAGGCACUACCUUCCCCUUCACCUCAAGCGCAGAGUCACCAUCAGUCACAGAAAAACAGGAGACUGACAUGAGUGAGACUUCUCGGACACCUGCAACAGCUUCCUCACUUUACAGUACUGAGAAACCAACUGCAAUGUCAACUGAAACUGAUAAGACUUUAACCACAAGUCAUACUGAGAAAGUAUCUACCACUCAAAGGACAAGCACAUCCUCAACAGCAACAAAAACAAAACCAGAGGAGAGCUCAGGGGAAAUGACAACUGAGGUUUCCACAAAGGUGACCACGGCUUCUACAGCCUCCUCACUAUUAAGCACAGAGACACCAACAGCAAUGCCACUCACUGAACAAGAUAACACUGCCACAGUGGGAACAGAGGGUCCCUUAGUAUCACCAAUUUCUGGGACCAUUGAUCAAAGCUCUCCUCUCACUCCAACAGAUGAAGAUGGCUCAGUUUUUAAAACAGAGGCCAUUAUCACUACAACCUCCCAUGCAACAGCGAAGUCAUCACUGAUUAGCACCGAAGCUCCUAAAACAACGUCUCCUGUGUCAUCCCCUGUUGUGUCUGACGAACAGACAGCAGAAGUCUCCACUGUGGUUCCUUCAGCCUCCUCCUUGUCAAGCACAGAGAAGCCAUCAGCAUUGCUAGUCACCAGAGAAGACAGCACUGCAACAGAGGGUACGGAAGUUCCCUCAGUAACUGCCUUUUCUGCAUAUUCUAAUAUUCCUCAUCUUCCACACAAAACCUCUCCAACAAUUGUUCUGCCCAGUGUCACUGCAUUUACCUCCAAGGAAACUUCUACCUUCAUUGACAUGGAGAAUUCUGGUUAUUCAAGUGGAGAGAAUGAUUUGGAAUCAAGUUCAGAUGGAUCUGGUGCUGACGAUUCCAUUGAGACUACUAAAGUCCCACAGCAUGAAUUUACAGUGGCCACUGAUGAGACCGAAAUUGAUGAGUCAGAAACCAAAUCUGCCCCAUCUAGUUUUACACCCACAACCCAGUCCUUUGUGCAUUCCACCAAUGAAUUAAUUUCAUCAACUAAAACCCCACUGAUGACAAGCACUGAUAAUCAUAUUGAUGAGCAGGGCAGUGGAACCACCGAAGAUGACACUUCAGGUGAUGAAGAGAGAUCAGACACUGACUCUUACAGUGAGUCAACUGCUUUUGUUCCAGUCACAAUUUCUUCUUUAAUACCCACUUCUAAAGCAGCAACAAAACAAAUUACUGUGGAUUCUUCAACUGAAAAUUUAACAACAAGUUCAGCCCUUACAUUUACAGAGGGUGUAAGGUCUGGUCACCCAACUCCCGAGAUUUUUACCUCAAAGCCAUCAGUGAUAGAGACAGUGUCAUUUGGAGAAGCAACAGGUGAAACAGCAACCUUUGUUUCCAUUACACCAACCUUUAGUGAGAUGUCCUCACAGGAGGUUGAAGUUACUGUGGAUACAGAAAGCCCCAGUACUUAUGAUUCCACAGAGGCACCUCUUUUCAAUGCAAGUGAAAAUGCUGUUAGUGGGGUUGAACAUAUAAUGCAAUCCUCCCAUACAACUACAUCCCCCUUCACAACUGGUGCAUCAGUAAGAGAACACACAGUUGGUGACUUGAUUACAAUGAGUACUAGCAGUAAAGAAAAGCAUGAUGUAAUCACAGCAGUGCCCACCCCCAUCCCCUCAAUUGUUUAUCAUGGUGUAACAGACCAGCAGGUUGUCAUCAUCCCCUCAAGUGGUAGCCAAGCGAAAACUGACUCAACUGAACAAACACCGACCAUGGUCUUGCAUAGUUCUAAACCAUCACCAAGCAAAACUAUCAUAUUUACAGAGGAAACAAAUAAUGAAGAUAACCUUUUUUCUACAGUUACAGAAAUUAUGAGGGAAAGUAGUCCCACCCCUGAGGAUUUCACCAAAGAUGAUAUUAUUGAUGUAGAUACUAUGUCCAUGGUACCCUCCUCUCCAUUUUACCCCACAGUCCAGACAGAAGAAGUUGGGGGUGUCACAGCAGUUACGAUAGCACAAAGAAUCUUGGUAUCAGAAGAACCAGAGGGGUCAGGGAUUUAUAGCACGACUCUUACACCAGGAACUUUAAAUGCAACCUCAAAACCAUCAAUUCUUGAAGGUACGUCUAGUGAAGAGACAUCCACUGAAGAGAUAAUCACACCACAUGCCACCCCAGCUACUACUAUGCCCACAAAAUCAAGUUCUGAGGAAAUGUUUUAUUCUUCUACACCACAUACAGAUCUCCUCAUUGACACUACAACUAAACCACUCCCAGAUCUUGUAACGGAUGUUAUUGAGCUCAGCACUUCCUCGUCUUUCCCAUCUCAAACCUCCACUGAAAAAUCUGAUACAAGCUCAGUCACACUGGUGUCCAGUGAGGAGUAUAUGGUCAGCACCGGAGGGGAAAAAUCCACCUCCUCCCCACCCACAGCCAGAACUGUUACAGAUCAUGGUAAAAAAGAAGAAAUCUUAAGUUCAGCCGUUUCCUUACCAACCACCAUACCUUCAGUUUCUGUCACACCACAAGAUCCAGUGUCCACAGAACCUGGCAAAGCAAAGCCAAGUAGUGAUAAGGCUGAAAUCUCAGAGAGGACUUUAGUAUCAUCUGAAGAUGAAAGUACAGCAUCUAAAAAACAAGGAACACCCACAGCAUCUUCACUCUUGAGUACUGAGACUCCAACUGUUGCUCACGGAGAAACAACACAAUCAAGUGUGUCAAAUGCUGCUUUAAGUCUCCUUAGUACCAGGAAGCCAACAGUCACAUCUGCUUCUGAAGCUACUGGGAAAGACGUUUCAGAUUUUCAUACUAAUGUGACAGAGCCAUCUACAAAAAAAUCUACUUCCUCAUCACAGAUAUCUUCUUCACAAAGCACAGUGAAGCCUGAUGUCAUUAUUAAGUUUGUCACCACCUUUUCUUCAGAACCAGAUACAACACCAUCUGAGGUUUCCUUUCAACAGGCCAGAUCUGAGAUCACAUUCACUCACCAUCCCAACAUUAACAUCUCUGAGAGAACGGUCUUGUCAACAACCAGCCAAAUGUUACCCAGUGAGGAGACAAGCAAGCAUAUGGAUCCUGAUGACCUGUCUACUCAAAUUGGAGUUAGAACCACGCCACAAGAAGAAAAGACAUCCACAGCACCAAGCCAAGCACCUGUAAUGACAGAAUUUUCAACAGAUGCUGGAACCAGUACAAGACAAGAUAAUGAAGUAUUUGAAACCUCUACUGAUGUUGCAUCAGGUUCGCAUGAAACAGACAAAUCAGAACACACUGAUCCUUCUGCAGGUAGUUCAACUGAUCCAACCCCAAAGACAACAUCAACACCAUCUUCAAUGCAGACAAAAACAGUUCCAACAUCAACUGUGUCUUCACUGCUCAGUACUGAAACUCCAUUUGCGGUGGCCACUUCAGGUGCGAGCUCCGGGCUAUCUGAAACUGUAUCUGCUUCUUCAGAAGAUGGCAAAGUUGAGCCAAGUACUGAUCAGCUUCCAAGCAAUGAAAGGACUGAACAAACUCCAGAUACAGAACCUUUCUCAGGAGGUUUUGGCACAGAUUAUCCACCUGAUUAUGACUCUUUCAACCCCAACCUUUUAGAAGGAGCCCCAAAUACCACAGCAAGAGAAGAAACAGUUCUCGUUAUAACACCACCCGUUGUUUCUGAAACAUCUGAGAGCCAUCCUGUUGACUCAGUGAGCAGUACUGAAAGUAGCUCAGAAGAAAGUAAAACAAAAUCACCUGGAGUGGCAGCACAGGCCAUCACUAUCUUACCUUCUUCCUUAGCUCCCAUCAGCGUUUCAUCCUCUAGUUCUGAAAGUGGUUCAAACAGCAGCAGCAGCUCAGAAGAAAGCAUAUCCACAGCGGGCACGGUCAAACCUGAUAGUGAUAAGGUUGAGAGCGUAACCUCUGAACAUUUGUCUGACACGACAAAGUCACCCUCCGUUAUUGUCAAUGCAUCUGUGGGUGGGAUCCUAAGUUCUGAAAGCACCUCUGUCAGCUCUGAGAGUUUAUCAGGAGAGAUGACAACUACUAGGACCCCAAAUCUCAGCAGUAUGGAGAAUCAGUCCCUUUCCCCAGAUGAAAUCAAGACAGUGUACAAGAUGGAUACAACCACAGCAUCAAAGAUAGAGUCUGUUAGUCAGGGAGAUGUUUCUCCUCAGACUGAAUCAUCCACGAGCAGCCAGACAGAGUCCACCACGACAGCAGCAGCCCCAGAACAAAGCCAGCCAGAUGUUGGAAAUGUAGCUACUACUUUAUCAUCACUUUCUGAAGAGGAUAAUAAACCGGACAGUGACAUUCCUACCCUUCCAUCACCCACUGAAGGAGAAACACUACAGAGAGCAGAGGAAACAACUGUGCGGCCUGACAUAGGAUUAGGGCACACUGUUGUUGGCGAGACAUUUGAAAUUCCAGGUACAGUACUCUCUUUAAAUUAAUUUAAUAACAAUACAACUGAGAGUUUAAGAAUGGCUUACCUCAAAAAAUCUUUCCUGAUUUGUUGUUUUUUAAUCUCUUCUCAGAAGGUAACUCUUGUUCAGAAAACGUUUGUCUGAAUGGCGGAUCUUGCUUCCAGAGUGGAAACAUUUAUUCAUGUAUUUGCGCUCCUGGGUACAGCGGUGAUCGCUGUGAAACAGGUAGGACAUCGUGAAGAAAAAAGUUCUCAAAAAUGUGCUACUUUACUGUUAACUAUUUAAUUCAUCCAGAUUAUUUUAGUGUGGUAUGGGCUGCCUUUUUCUUAGUCAUUCUAUGUGUCUCCGAUGUAGAUGUUGAUGAGUGCCAGUCAAACCCUUGCCGUAAUGGAGGUACAUGUGUUGAUGGGCUGGCUUCCAUCACAUGUGUGUGCCUCCCAAGCUACACUGGGCUGUACUGUGAGGAGGGUAAGUUUUUGGUCUAUUUGAUGAAUCUUCCAUCAUUAAUUUCUGAAUAAUUUAGACUAUACUGAUAAAGGUUUUCGGUGUUGUUAGCUUUUCAAUGUGGUGAGUGCCAGGACCUACAGGUAGUGAUCUAAGUUGGUUGUUUAAUGGGUCCAAAAUGUAGUUUUGUUUUGUUUCUAGCCCAAUGGUAGUGCUAAAAAAAUCAUAAACGGAUAAUAAUAGGCAUGUUUUAAGUAUACCAGAAGUUUUAAGAAAAACAUGUUAUGCUGAAAGCAGUUUGUCAUCUUUUUCUUUGUUUACAUUUCUUAAAUGUGUCCUUCCAGUGUUUACUUGGGGAAUAUGUUCAGAGAUUGUCUGCAGUUAUUGAUAAAUAGCAGGUGGAUGCGCAAUUUUCAAGCCUUUUUUUUAAAUGAACAAAAAUAAAGAAUACCAAUGGGUCAAUUAGAGGAAAACUUUUUACAUCUGGUGGAAGUAUAUCAUAUUGAAGUUUAAUAAUUUUCUCUUAUUCCUCCUUCAAUAAGACAGGAGUCUUUUAGGUUUUUAUUUUAAGGUUUAGCAAAUAUUUAGCAAAUAAGCCCUAUGAGGGUAAUAAUCAGAAGAAGGAAAAAAACUAUUGCAGAUCUCGUAUGUAAUGAUGUAUUUUGAAUGAUAACAUGAACUAUAUCGGGCAAGUAGCAUCAGAUUUGGUGCGCAAAUUGCUGCUGUCAUGCUAGCUUUCAGUUGCAUUUGUGAAUCACAUCUAAUCUAUGAGGUUUUCCAAAAGUGUUCCUACCACAUAAUAAAUAGUAUCUACACAAGGUGUUCCUAGUAAAAAGUUGAUAAAUAUUCCCCAAAUUCCCACACGACCAAACUUUUAUCUAAGUUUUCCAGUUCUGCCCUACUUUCACUUCAGUCGCAGUAAAGCCAGACAUCAUGUUUCUGGGAGGAUUUCUCAUGAUCUAUGUCUACACCCUAAAUUGGUCAGGAUCUCUCAUGAGUGACUCACACUCAGACUCAGCUGCUGUCUUUAAGACUUGCCAAGAGACAGGAAGAAAAAAGUAACUUGAAGAGGUACAGUUUAGGGAAAGGGUUUUUUUUUUCUGUUAACUUUUGGAAACUUGAUUGAGGAAGGGAACAAAAAGUCGUGUACACUUAACAUUGAUAGUGUUGAGAUGAGACUUGUAUCAGUGUCUAAUUAGGAUACUUAACAUUAACCUGAAUCCAUUACAUUAAUCUUGAUCGUUGUCUGCAUUUUAAAUCAGAUUCACAAAUGCAUAUCAAGUUUCCCAUUAUUGUUUAAAACAAAUGACCUUCUCAGCAUGAUAACUGCAUCUUUAAGUCAUCAAACUAAUGUGGUUUAUAUUUCCAUUAUGUUUGUGUCCCAUCAGAUACGGAGACAUGCGACUAUGGCUGGCACAAGUUCCAGGGCCACUGCUACAAGUAUUUCCCACAAAGAAGAAACUGGGAUACAGCAGAGAGAGAGUGUCGCAUGCAUGGGGCUCAUCUCACCAGCAUUCUUUCCCAUGAGGAGCAGCAGUUUGUCAACCGUAUGUUAAAUUACACUUGAAGAUGGAUGAUCUUUAAAAAAAAGUGUGUGUUUUAGGUAACUUACAUGUUUGUCUUUCUUUUCACAUGGUAGGUCUUGGACAGGACUACCAGUGGAUUGGCCUGAAUGAUAAGAUGUAUGACAGUGACUUCCGCUGGACUGAUGGCAGGCCCAUGGUGAGAUAGGUUGCUUUCUCACAUAUUUUUGUCUUAACAAGCGUGGCAAUGAUAUACUGUAAAUAUUUGGAUAUGAUAUGGAUGACAAAUGCAGUCAUCUAGGGAGGGUAAUUCUUCUCCCAGCUCCUGGUGAGAUUCUCAUGACGUACUUGUCUCUGCCUCAUAUCGCUACACCCUGGUGGGUGACCGCUCUGGUCGUAAAUCUGUUGUAGAACAUGCUGUUUAGUCAGUAUCAGCCCAGAACAAUAACCCAUAUGCAGAAGUAAUGCAAGGAAAACCAAGACUUGUUUGAGUGAAAUAUGUCAUUUAAUAGAUGCAGUUCAAAAGACAGCACAGCAGCGCUUACUUCAGCGAUUAUAUCUUCUUGAGAGUUUUCACUAGACAGGAAAGUGCCAUUUGAAUGAGUUGAUGUCCUCACAUCCAUGGCAAUUCUCCUGGACCAGAUAUGAGGGAGAUACAGGGCCAGCCUGAGCCUUUAAAGACAAGAACACAAAAUUUUCUUGGCUGAGAGAUUGAGGGUUGAUGUGGGUGUGUGUGAUACUGUGUAGAGGGGACAUGCGUGGACAGGUAUGAUCUGCACCCCCCUGACUACCCCCACAUGCACCAGAAGGUCCAGCCAGCAGGGCCACCCGAGGGGUAGGGCCACCAGGCAGGCAGACACACAGAUGGACAGCACCUGUGCUUGAAAGAAAAGGUUGAUAGAAGCGGCCUGGGGAGUCUGGCUGGGUGGUCACCUCCAGUGGAUCAGAGUAUAAAAAUAAACAAGACUGCUCUUAAAAUAAGUAUCAAACAUUUACCUUUUAAAAUUUUAAAAGAAAAGCUAUUAAUACUUAUCACAAAAGGGCACAGGAACACCAAAGUUUUUUUUAUUUUUAAUUUUUAUUUUAAAGUGUGGGUGAUCAAAGUUUGUUUGAUUAUUUUGAGGAGGAUGCAAGCCUGCUGUGUAGUUGACGGGUCACUCAUUUGUUCACUAGGAGUCAGCAGGAAGUAGCUGUGUAUUUGUUAACCAUAAUGACAGAGUAGCAGAGCCUUGGGGCAUGAUUGGGUGAGCUGGGGAGGGGGGUCAUGGCUUUGAAGGGUCUGUUUGAACCCUGAAUGCGCUGAAAGACUGCAGGUAGCAUCAGUUCCUGGUUGAGUGCCCCACAGCAAUACAGCUGUGUGUAUACUGUAUCAGUGUGUCAGUCUGCAUCUGUGUGUGUGUGUAGAUGUUUGUGAUUAUAGAAUUACAUGUGUAAUGCCUGGAAUGGUGACAGAUAAUAUCACACUCUUCUGACUUAAUGCCCUCUGGUCCUGUUCUUGUAAUAUUCACAAGCACUUGACCUAUAAUGAGUACCAAAGUAGGGGGUUAUCAGUAAGUGAGUCAUCAGAGAUUAUUGAUAAGAGAUGGUCUUAAUGGAUUAACUUGCUGAGAACCUUAAUGUAACUCUCUUUAGUUAUUUAUAGAAAUCCCAUUAUUGAAAAUCAGGGACUCAGUUUUAAAGAUCUUUUCAGAGAGCCACAGGUCAUAAUUUUAAGACUGAUUAAGUGUUGACUUGGUGAAUACAAUAUCGACCAACUUCCCAGUCUUUUAAGCAAAAAUUGAAUCAUUAACCUCUAUGUCUAAAGAUCGGAAAGCACUUAGAAACCAGAUACUAUUUAGCACCAUUCAAAUAAAACAGCUAAAAACGGGUUCAUAGAGUCUGCAGGUAAUCAGUAUUGAGUUAAUCUGGUGAGCACUUGCAGAGCCAGCACCACCAGCCUUUGGUCCUCUUCACAAAUUGAUGUCCAUAUGCCUGUACUGUUAUGAUUAAGUGAUUGUUCAUCAGUUAAACUAGAUACAGCCUCCAUAUAACGUUGUCUCCAUUUUCUAGAUCAAAAUACCGCCAAACCUUGCCAGGCUAAGACAUGCCUGCUGUUUUCUGUUCUUGUCUGUUGAUGAGCGUUAUAACACAACAUUUUCUAGCGUUGACAGGAGAUACAGCCCCGGCUAGUGGCGGGUGACUGAGCUGCAGCUUAGACACAACAUGACCAGCAUUUCAGGCCUACAAUGACAAAAAUAGCUGGCCAGUUUCACCGAUUAGAAAGUCUGUUGUGACAAGAUUUAAUCACUUAGUCAACUCAAACCACACAUCCUACUGUGUGCUUUCUAUAUAGGUUUGAACAGAUGCAUUUAGUUGAAGGUCAAUUUCCUCUCAAGGUCAUAACACCCAUCAUGAUGUCUCCCUCUGCUCUUAUUUCAGCAAUAUGAGAACUGGAGGCCCAACCAGCCCGACAGCUUCUUCUCCUCCGGUGAGGACUGUGUCGUGAUGAUUUGGCAUGAAGACGGCCAGUGGAACGAUGUGCCUUGUAACUACCAUCUCACCUACACCUGCAAGAAGGGAACAGGUAAUAGGACGAAUAAUUUCUCACCAAAUUGAGCACAAGAACCACACCUGUGAAAGACUUUUUACCUGAGAAAUUCUUAUUCUGGUGGUAUUAUCACUCUGUUUUUAGUGGCCUGCAGCCAGCCCCCUCUAGUGGAGAAUGCACGCACCUUUGGGAAGAAGCGUGAGAGAUAUGAGAUCAACUCAUUGGUGAGGUACCAGUGCCGGAUAGGCUUUAUUCAAAGACACGUCCCGACUAUUCGUUGUCGUGGGAACGGACAAUGGGAUGUUCCGAAAAUUAGCUGCAUGAACCGUAAGUACUCAGAUUACUGUUUGAAAUUCUCCUGAUUUAUGACCUCUAAAGCACUUUCACUGUUUAAAUCAAAUGUCUGAUUUUCAUCGACAGCAUCAAACUAUCAGAGGACCUUUAUCAGACGACAUCAUCACAGUAGUCUCUACAGCAUCAACAACUUGAAGAGAUGGCCAGAUGAGGCUUUCCGCUUACAGCUUUACAGAGCGAGGAGAGACAGGACUGAGCAUAAAAGGAAAAGAAAGUGACUGCCAUACGAAGUGGCACAGCUUCUUAAGACGAGGACACAUGUUUAAUGCUUGUGUGGAAAGAUGAAAAGGAUUAACGGGACAAGCACAAGAGGAAACUCAUGAAAGAAAACCAAGAGGAGAGUUGCAGUUUUCUUGCAUUUUGGAUGACG